GGUAGAAAUUGUCAAGCUUUGCAUUUUUUCCCCAAGUGCAUGACACUUUCCAUAUUUCUCUCAUCAGCAGGGGGGCUUGUCCUAGUGUCAGCCGUCCUGGGCUCUCUGAUUGGUGGACAGGGCGAUAAUGUAGGGGCGUGGAGAGCCUGCAAAAUCUCCGGUACAAAGCAAUCCCGCAGGUGGCAGGCACACUGCAACUUUGCUUCACAGUCCUGGGAUACAGAGCGCAGAGCACACUGCUCAUCACACUGCAAGCAGCAUCCUCUACUACCUAACACCAGGGACAGGGGCUUUUUUAUACAAUACAGACUGAUAAUAAUAGAUAUUUAAUAUCAUUAAACUAGUUUCAGAGAAGGGGGUGGAAAGUUGCAGACACCAUGCAGAAUUGUGCUAAGUCUUGGGGAGUCCUGUGCAGGUCAGUCAGGUUACAGAGCAGGGCUGUGGGGUGCAGCAGGAGAGCUGUGUGCGGUACAGCACAGAACAUUAGAUGGAACAGCACCAGGGCUGCAGCAGGGGCCCCUGCCUCCCCCAGGCAGAUAGAGCUCAUCUUCCCCAGGCAUGACGACUUCUCAGAGAGACACAUAGGACCAGGGGACAAGGAAAAAACAGAAAUGCUACAAACUAUAGGAGUGGAGGUAAGUGUGGUAAACCCUUCACUGUGCAAGGCACCACUGAUUGGAAUGCAGUUUCCAUGGAUAGUUUAUGUAUAUACUCCUUUUUGGAUGGCUGUAUAUAUGUUCUAUAGAUUCUAUUUGAUGUGUAAGCACCAUUCUUGGAAGUGUUCAUAAAUUCCAUAUAGAACAGUCAAUAUUUUUAUUAAAAAAAAACUGUAAUCAUGCAAGUGUAAUAGAACCUGGAUCUCCACUUUAAUUAUAAUGGGAUCUAUAGAAAAAAUGUUUCAUAAAACUGACCGCUUCAUAUAGGUUUUUUUUUGGGGGGGGGGGGGGGAGUGCGGGGUUUAACCUGUUUAUAUUGUACUGCUUGUUAAGUGAGCUGGAUGUGGAAGCGGUCAGUUAAGAAACUUUUACAUAGAUAAGCUGCCUAUUAUGGCUAUUGGUGUGCAUUUACGUUUGUAGAUGGGUUGUUUUACCUGUUUGUGAAUUAGCUUACUUCCCUGGGUGUGUGCCUGACAAUACCUCUGUAGGGCGCCAUUCGAUUAACAGCCCCCAGCACACUCGGAGUAUGCAUUCUUCACACUAUUGGUGGUAAUUUUGGGAGAUUAUCCCCUGGAAAUCGUUUCCUGUUGCAAACCUUUCAAUGCUGAAACAUUUAAAACAGGCUUUAAAUUCCUGCAUUAAAGUGCAAGUGAUAAAUCUCAGUUUAAGAAAAUAAUUAAGAUUUCCACCUUCUUCAGGAAUUUUGAGAUUAAAGCAGAUUUAUCUCCUAGGUGUAUUUCUUUUGUGUGUUUUUAUUUUAUGUGUAGGGGGCAGGAGCUAAUGACUUGACCUGAUCCCCCUUUGUUUCCAGAGUCUGUUAAUGCUGCAUUCUUUUGCUUGCUAUUAAAUAAUAAAAAGCAUUAAUAAUUAGCUAACAUCUUCCCAGAAGAUAUGUGCUCAGCGACUGUUCCAGGAAUGUUGAUUUUCAUAAGUUUGUACACAGCCAGACACAUCCAUCUAGAGGUUUUUUUUUAAUGUUUUCUUUUAAUGAAGAUACUAGCAACAUCUCCAUAAUUCCCUACAGUACCCUAACAUUUUUGUUCAUCUUUCCCUCAACAGAGCAUUGAUGACCUGAUUGAUAAGACAGUGCCUGCUAGCAUUCGACUCUCAAGACCCUUGAAGAUGGACGAUCAAGUUUGUAAGUUUCUAAAAUCUGUCUCCCACUCGAAGAAAUAAUGUGCCCAUCUGUAUGGACACUCCUCUUAUUUUUGGACCAUUUUUAAAUAUUUCCAAUAAUAUGAGAAUAGUCAAACUCAUGCAGAAUUUACACAAAGUUCAAAUGUACCUGUCAUGCAAAAAUUACAUGGUGUACUAUGCAUAAAUAACUAAAUAUAUUAUUCUUUCACCAUCACUUAUUACGGCUAUGCCGUUCCCAAACAUCCGAAACUGCUGCUGUUUUAUGUCAAAACCAUGGCUUUUUAGGUUGUUGCACUUGCAGGUGGGAGAAUGUUAGCACACACUGCACUUCCAUCAGAAAUCUUGGUACCCUUUAAAAAUUUAUAAAAUAAACCUUGUUCUGUACCACACUCGGGGUUGGCCCAAGACAUUGUGCUGCCUGGGUCCAAGGAUGAAAUGCUGCUCCCCUCACCAAAUCCAGGCCCACAUCCGUUUGUUAUGUUAUGUAGUGUGUAUGUGUAUAGUGUAUGCAGAGCGUUUUUGUGUAGUUGAUGCAGUACCAGUGCAAGCAUUUUUGACUACUCCGACAAAGGUGGAAUUUGCUGCCCCAACUCCCCCCAGCCCCUGUCUUCUUUUCCCUUACCCCCUGGUGUCAUUGUACCUUUUCCCAGCUCCUCUGUGUGUGUCAUUGUCCCCUUCUCAGCCCCUCGCUGGGUCGUUGUCCCUUUGUGUGCCCUUCUCUCUCUCUCUUUCCUUGUGCACCUACUUAUCUCCCUUCAUGUAGCUUGGUCGAGUGGACCACGGUAGAAUAUCUUCUUUAUCCUCUACCUGUACUGACAGAAAGUUGUUCGGUGUUCUCACUGAGCACUUCUUGUCAGAGUGGGGAGAGGCUAAAGAUCCUCUACCGCAGCACAGUCCGCUCAGUCACCCUGCAUGAAGUGACUGGAAGGAGGGGGAGCAAGGUGCACUCUCCUCCUGUCCGUCACCCGGAUCACUGAUAUUAGGACUCGCCAGUCUGGGAGGCUCAAUGCGGCCGAUUGUGUCAAUUUAUGGUAGCGCCAGCCAGGGCCGCCAUCAAGGGGUGACAACCAUUACAGUUGUCGGGGGCCCAGCCGUCCGGGCUCCAUCUGUAUCGGUACAACUGCCGCCAGUGGAGCUUCAUCAGAGCCCACAUGCUGAUGUGGCCCAAGCAUUUAGGGCCAUCCAAAGGGCGGCGCCUGGUAAGUGUUGUGGCUAUGUAAUAACACGACUGGGCCCCUGUUAGAAAACAUUUGUGGCCGCAAGUACUGCUGGAAGGAAGUGACGGCCAGUCACUUCCUUACAGCUCACUCCGCAUGGGAGGGACGAGACCGUGAAGAGGGAGAGGCAUCCUCCUGCAGAAGGUAAGAAAUAGGAGGGUGGCUGAAAAAAUAGCUAUGUGUGUGUCUGUAUGUAUGUUAGUAUGUAUCUGUGUGUCACUAUGUGUCUGUGUUUGUUUCAGUAUGUAUGCCUGUGUGUGUGUGUGUGUGUGUGUCAGUAUGUGUAUAUCUUUGUGUGUGUCUGUGUCCUUUUUGUAUCAGUGUCUGUGUGUAUUUCUGGGUUGUUGUAAUGGAUGAAGUGUGAUUGUGGUGUUGGAUAGGGACUGUGGUGGUAAGCAGGUUUUUUAAUAUAAAAUUGUGUUUAGUCACCCCUCACUGCCUCUUACAUCUGGCAAGGGAGUGGGACACUAGAUUCCCUGGUGGCACAAAAUACCUGGAGUCUAAAUCUCAGGUCCUCCCAUCUUGCGAGCUGCGAGAGUGUUGUGAAGGGCUGCAAUGGCAAACACACUCACCAAGGAAGAAUCUAAAGCUGCUGGAGGUGCAAGAUUAGACUAUUGACACACACACACACACACACUACAUCCCCCUCCCCCAAUGACUCACUGGUGUGGAGCUAAUCAUCUGGCAUAUUGGAAUAUCUUCUUUGCUGGAUCCCUUACCAGAUUAGGGACACUAUAGGCACCAAAAACACUUUAGCUUAAUGAAGCUGUUUUGGUGUAUGGAUCAUGUCCCUGUAGUCCCACUGCUCAAUUUUCUGCCAUUUAGGAGUUAAAUCACAUUUUCUUUUACACAGUCCUAGUCACAGCUCCCUGCAUGUGACUUGCACAGCCUUCCUAAGCACUUCCUGUAAAGUGACAUCUAACAGUUAAACUUUAUUGUCAAACCAAUAUUAAUACCGUACUCAGACACAUACACUGUGUCAAUAAAAUGAAAUAUUGUAGUAUUGCAAAAUUUAUUUUAUUAUUCAAUUGAUAUCUUUAGAACAAUCAAGAAGAUUGCCAAGAAAGGCAAAACAAAUGGUGCAUAAUGAGAGCUCAAUAUACAGGAAGAAUCUAUAAUGGCUGUCUGAGCGACUUCCACUAGAGGUGUUAGUAGGCUGUAAUGUAAACACUGUACAUUAAAAAGCAUGUUGAGACAGACCGUAGACAUCAGAACAACUACAUUAAGUUGUAGUUGUUCUGUUGACUAUUAUAGUGUCCCUUUUAAUACAUUCUUCCUUUCAUGUUAAUGGUGUAACAUGUUUGCUAUUUUAUUUUAGAAUUACUAAGAUGUUGACAAUAUAUCGUGUCUACUGAAAAGUGACACACAAAAAACCUUUUAUAACAUUACAAUGAGAAACUUUGAAUGCCUCAAUGACUAUAUAUAUUGUAAAGAAUUGACUGUUUUCAACUUUUAAUAGUCCUCAACUUAUAAACCCUCCUAACAGCUCCUAUGUAAAGUCAGUCCAGUCUGUAUUACUUUCUGUUGCAUUACAUUCGAACAGUGGGCUGGAAUUUAUUGUCUCUGCUAGUAAUGAUGUCACCACUGAAAGAAUGACAGGAUUCUGACUGUUACCAGAGCAACCCAAGAAACUUACGAAGGAUUUGCAUUUCGAUUUUUGCGAGCGCAUGAAAAAGUUUGUGUCCCUUACUGAAAAAACACAUUCCUUUCUUACAGAUUCACCUUCUUCUAUCCAUAUGCAACAAUCUUUCGAAUUGUCACUAGAAGUGCAAAAUAAAGCUCCCCCAACUGUUUAAACCAGUUUCUUUUGUUGUCAGGCGAUUAGGAUAUGCAGUGAAAAAAUAGCAAAAUAUAUUGUAAUGAGAAAAAGAAUUAAACUCUUGACUCUGUGAUCAGCAUUGCUUAAGACUGGCUGCUUGCUGUGAAUACAUUACACUUCAUUAGGCGUAAGAGUUUAGUGGUUAAUCAAAUUGUGCAGUCGAAACUGUUCAUUAUGUGUGAUCAGAAUGGAAACAUAGCUUUGAUCUCAGAGAGGACUUUUCUGAAUAAUGACAAACUAGUGACUUUCUGGAUGAAUAGGUCUAGAUCUUUGUGUGCUAACUGAGCCUAAUGCUUUAUUUGGGGAGUUAAGGCUUUCAGUACUUUACUAUACAGUCUAUUUAAAUGUGUUGCUGGCCAUUACAACAAUGAUAACAACCCCUGGAUGUUGGGCUAUGGUAACAUACCCAGGACGUACUUGGAAACCAGAGUAUUUUGAAUAUACCUUUCCUGGUAAAAUACUUUGUUAAUCUUUGUGUGUGUGUGUGUGUGUGUGUGUGUGUAAUAAAUAAAUAAAUAAAUAAAAAAAAAUAAAAAAAAAAAUAUAUAUAUAUAUAUAUAUAUACAGCAGAAAGCUGACUAUUGUCUCUAAAAAUGUUAGAAACCCUUGCUGUUGCUAUAAAGCACAUUACUAUAGAAUGUGGAUUGAGUAUCACUUUCUGGUUUGGUGUGUGUUCAUUGUAAAACUUGCAUAGCCUGGCAUUCUGCCCCUUGUAUCUUUAUUUUGUUUUCUCAAUAUAGCAAAGUGGAAUGCUAUUCAUUGAGGUCACUGUGCCCUAACUGGGUCAUUCAUAAUUAGCAAGAGAUUCUAUUUUAUUAUUUUUAUUUAUUUAUUAUAAUAUAUAUAUAUAUAUAUUUUUUUUAUUUUUUUUUUUGGGAGGGGUUAAAACUAAGAUUUUAUGAAUCGGAAAUUAAAAAAAAAAAAUAAUCUGCAUAUCCAUUUCUAGAUAGACUGAUCACAUAAAAUACUUUCUAUUUUAAUCCAGUUGUGUAAUUCCCCUCACUUUCUGUGAUAAAGCUGAGAAAUGUUCCUUUUCACUCUUUAUGUAAUUGCACAUUGCAGAUUGAAUGCAAACUUUAGACCCAGCCGCCUGUGUCAAGUUGACAGCCAGUUCGAUCUGGCUAGUUCAGGAUGACAUCAGAAUAACUGCAGCAGAAUAUUUUAGAAAGCCUUGGAAUAACUGACGGGAAGGAUUGCUUGGUGGAGGGGGGGAGGAGGAGUUUGCGAAUCUCUUCCAGUGUGUUUGUUUUUACACGGACUUGCUAAAUUUCUCCUUUAUUUUCUAUUUCCUUUAUUUGGCCCAUCUGUUUUUACAUGGACUUUAACUCUGAGGAAAGAUGCAUUUAUUUCUUAUAUUUUAGUAUAACCUCAAGUAUUGUGUGAUAAGGCAUUAAACGGAUCAUCUUGAAGUGUAAGAGUCUUAUAUAAUUAGCACCAGUUCUAUUGAGCAGAUUAGAGUUCUGCUAGCGUUCUUGGUAGGCUCUUAAAGAACAAAUGGUUUAUCUGUUUCCUAUAUUUACACAUGCAUAGACAUUACUUUAAAUGCUAUUUUAUUUCUUUUGUGUGUGUAUUAUAUAAUACUACAAAUGGUUCGUGAUUAGAGUUGAGCGAACCUGGACUGUAAAGUUCGGGUUCGUACCGAACAUUAUGUUUUUUUGGACCCCGAACACGGACAUAUCACUGUAUGUUCGGGUUGGAGUUCGGUGUUCAGCGAUUUAAUGGCGUGUUUUGAAAGGCUGCAGGCAGCCAAUCAAUAAGCGUUUGACUCGCGUGCCCUUACAAGCCAUCACAGCCAUGCCUACUAAUGGCAUGGCUGUGAUUGGCCAGUGCAGCAUGUGACCCAGCCUCUAUAUAUAAGAUGGAGUCACGUAGUGCUGCACGCACAUGAGGUCUUAUUAGUGUAGGGAGAGGAUGCUGCCGCUGUGAGGGACAGCUUAGGAAAGAAUUCUGCAAACUAGUACAUUAGGGGGGUGCACUUUAUAUCUGAGAGUCAAAUAGAAGAGUCAAAUACUGCGGUUACAUCAGAGUUUUAAAAAGUCUAAUUUUUUUUGGUGCUAAAUAGUACAUUUGGGGUGUGCACUUCAUAUCUGAGAGUCAAAUAGAAGCAUCUAAUAGUGCGCUUACAGCGCAGUUGUAAAUAUUCUAAUUGUUUUGCUGCUAAAUAGUAAAUUUUGGGGCGUGCUCUUCAUAUCUGAGAGUCAAAUAGAAGCCUCAAAUACCAAUAUAACUAUUGUAAUUCGAGGGCAAUACCCUCACAAGUCAAACUGAGAGGUCCGUUUAUAGGGAAAACUGUUGCCUGGAGGAAAUUCUAAAACCAUUUCCAUGUGUCCUUUGCAGACUUUACAUGCUGGAAAAAACACAGGUGCCAACUGCUGUGGCUUUCUGCCGUGUGCAGACCGGCAAUGAGGGCGGGGUUGAGGAGUGGGUGGAGGAUGAUGAGUUCCUAGACCCCACAUGGAAUCAGGGUCAUGCGAGUGACGUGUGCAGUUUGGAGGAAGAGGCGCUGGUCGCUCAAAGGCACCAGCACAGAAUAAGAGGGAGCAGGGUGCAAAAGUGGAGUGGCCGUCCCCUAGCGCUCAUCGGCAUGUAUUAUCUUUUAGAAUUCCCACAGUUAUCCAAGUAACAGAUGGAGCGAUAAAAGGAACCAUAACAGAUUUAAUGAGCCUUUAGCAGUGCGGGGACUGGGACCCAGACACUGUCUGGGCGGCGGUCGGACGUCCGGGACCCAGUAUGCCUGAUGUUGAAGUUAGGAGUCACAGUGGAAUGGAUGUGCAGGGUAACUGCACGCCCCCUGGUGUUGAGCACCAGCGUUUGUGCAGCCACAUACCAGGAGCCUGAUGCAGCUUCAGUAAAGAGUACUGGAUACCAGAAGCCAUCACCAGACUGACCGCAACUUGGAACAGGAUGUGACAUUCACUGUAGUUGCUGUGCGCGCUUUCGGCAUUCUCACCCUAUUGCUGCUCGCCUGUCUGCGCUGCAGCGUAACUUUGGCCUUCACGCUUACACCUUCAUGAGACUGUGCGAGCUGCAGCAUGCACGGGUCAGUCGCUCUGCGCCAGACUUGCCCUCCAAUUGAUUAGAAUUAAAGGAUUUCAAGUGGACUCAUUAGAAUUACAGGGCCUCUAAAGAGUCCUAUAUUGCUAUUUGUCGUCACUACCUCCCCGCCUCGGGAAUGGGUCAUAUUCGCGCCUGCUGCCUUCCUUGCAUGUGGUAGCUGUUUGUCAGGGUCCCUGUAUGAAAUUGAACCCUGAUUCCCCGUUAACCGUGGCAUCAAAUGGCAUUGAAAGUUGAUAUGGAUUGAUAUACGAACGCGUCGUUGGGGAGCACAUUAAAAAAGUACUCUAGCAUGACGAGCUGGGAGAUUUCUUCCGGGAACUUGGUUUGAUUGGAGUUGAGCCAGUUCUGGGUGGCCCUUGUGAUGCCACAGUGUAUAUCCAGAUAUAUCAGAGCUGCUGCAGAAAGUGCAGGCCGUCUGUGCGCGCUUUCAGCGUUCUCACCCUGCUGCUCGCCUGUCUGCGCUGCAGUGUAAAGCGUAACUUCGGCCGUCCCGCUCACCGCAUCAUGAGACUGUGCAAGCAGCAGCAGGUGAUAGUGGAGUUUCAGAUGCAGUCAGUCGCUCUGCGGAACAGUUUUCUUUUUUAUGUCUCAAUAUUUUGGGGGCUACCCCAAUUUAAAAAAAUAAAAAAAAAAUAAAAUUUAUAUAUAUAUAUAUAUAUAUAUAUAUAUAUAUAUAUAUAUAAAUUUUAUAUUUUUUUUUUCUCUCUCCAGCACUCUAGGUCUUGCAAAAAAAACUUCUCAGGUUUAUUCCAACAAUUAGUCAACGUUUCAGAACUUUGUGUGUGGUGUGUGUGUGUUUUUUUUAAAUUUUUUUUUUUUCAGACUUAGAGUGCUGGCUUUUUUCAUUCAUCUAUUUAUUGUGCAGCCGAGCACCAGGCAACAUUUCAAGGAUAGCUGAAGUGCAAAAGUGUGUGUGUGUGUAUAUGUGUAUAUAUAUAUUUGUGCUCGGAAUUUAAAUAUGUAAUGGAUAGUAUCUGUGGGCAAAGUUGGUUGUGGUGUGCCGAAACCAACGUACGAGUGGGCCUGCAAAUAAGAGGGCCCACCAAGGAGAAUGUAGUUAUAACAGGGUGAAGGUGGGUGGGGACAAUCAGCUGAGCAGCAGCGGUGAGUAGGGGCUGGGAGUUUAAGUAGGGGACUUACUCCUCCCACAAAUUCAGGCCUAAUGGGGGUGUGUGUGUGUGUAUGUAUAUAUAUAUAUAUAUAUAUAUAUACAUAUACACACACACACUCUGUUGGCUUCCACCUUCACCGCCUCCUCAACCAAUGGGUCACUUAGUAUAAACUAUGUACACAAUAGCUCAGUUUGAAUAAUGAAAGAGAAUACCCUGCACUCCAACCCUCUCUUAAAUGGAUAAUUCUGGUGAUCCUCCUGACAGCCAUGCUUUAGAUUUUGAUUUAUGUUCUUCCAAAGCUAAAAUCAAAGAUUCCAUCUAGUGCUAUUUUAACAACUUCUGUUUGAAAUAGACUGCACCUCUAAAGUUACCAUCAACAAAUCUGUACUCGGAAGAAUGUGCUGGAGUUAGAAUAGUUUAUACUAUUACAUCAUGGUUUUUGAAAAAUAAACAAUAAAAACCUCAUGGAUCUUUGAAUAUGGUCUGUGUCUCAGAGUGUAUACUGGGCUAAUCCUCAAGGUUCUAAAUAUUUUUUAUAUAAUCCUUAUUUACCUUCUAGGACCUUGCUGAGAAGGUAUUCCCAGUACAGCUGAUGCUUUGUCAUUGGGAGUGACAUGCUGGUCCCAGCCUGCAUCAGAUUUCCCUACCUGUCAGGAAUACUAACACACAUGUGCAACACAGGAAACCGCUGAUCCGUGUCACAGGAUGCGGCAUGGGGUAGGGAAAUAUGACCGAACACAGGUCCUGUUACUUCCUGGUUUGGUUAGCUCAGUGGAGCUAAACCCAAGCGGCAAGCAAUUGCUCAAAGCAACUGCCUUGGAAAGGCUUCUCGUUGUCCAAUCACAGACUUCUCAAAGCGACUCAGCCUCAGAAAGUCUAGGCUGGAGAGAAGGGGUGCUUGCAGACGCAGCAUGGAGGAUCUAAAUAAAGACCAAAAAUUGGCAAGGGCUAAAAUUCCUGAGGGACAUCCAGUUCCAGAACAGUAUCAAAAAUGGUAGUGGUGGUAUAUGUGUCAUAUUGACAAGUCAGUGUUUGGGCUAGUUGAUAAAGGAUUUCAGAUUUACAACGCUAUCAAAUGAUCCAUAUUUAAUAGCAUCUUUUAGUUGUAUUCCAAAUCUCUACAUUGAAGGACCAUGAUAGGCAUCCAGAUGACUCUAUCUCAAAGAAUUGGUCUGGAUACAGUGGUCCUUAAGUUAACGCUGCAAUUUAAAGCAUUGCUAUUUAGUAGAUAAUGCAUUGCUUGAAUUGAAGGGUUCAGUCGCUUCUAGUGGCUGCCUUCCUGUGGUACAAUUCCGCUAUGAAAACAGAGUCAAACUUGGUUCUCACAGCUAACCUCCAUUUCACUGAAGGAGGGCUGCGCUGGCUGCACAUGCACUUUUGUCCCUAAUGCUCAUCAAUGAGAAGCUCUGGAUUGGAUGUUUAUAGUGUUUGUAUAAUACAGUUUUUCUAACAAAAGGAGGACUCAUUACAGGUAGUUAUGGUUGUGACAUCUCAUAUUAAUUUUAAAGGCUCCUCUUCCAGCACAUAAGUGAUGAGAGAACCUGUAUGUUUAUAUUUUCAGUAGUUUCACUGAUUUCUCUUAUUUUGUUUGUUCUUAGGCAAGUCUCUAAAAUCCCAAUAAGAGGGCAACGAUUGGUAGAACACAGUCUAAGUGCACUCAUUGACUGGUUCUAAAUUUGAACUUGAACCGGAACCUUGUUUCAGAGUUCACUUGAGGUUGAGCUAGAUCAGGUCAAUAGCACGGAAACUGCAUUCUGGACAACCUUACAAAUGUUUACAUUGAACAAUGUGUGCUAUUUCUUCUGAAUGUUUUGUAUACAUUUUUGAGUUAGUGAUAUGACACUUGGGGUUAAAGAAUCUAGCCUUCGCUAUGACGUGGGUUGUUUCCUGGAUAUCUAGUGUUAUGUAAUUUAUUAAUUUUGCAACAGACUACACCAUGUCAUUUCUUCCAACUCUUGCUUCUUGGCUAUCUGAAAAUGGAAGCUCAAUCCGCAUACAGAGAGACUAUAUGAUCACAGGGGACCAUGGCACUUGCUAGCAAUUAUAAAAUUGCAUCUCGCCUUCGUUUAUUAUUAAUAUCUCCCUUUGUUGCAAGUAAACUGUCAAACUAUCUUUCACAUCAGCGUUUUGAUGUGAAAGAUAGUUUGACAGAAGUAGGUAGGCUGUCUUAUUUUAAUUUCAGGGGUAACUGAGAAAUGUAUUGAUAUUGAUUGGUUGUCAAUGAUUUGUGGACCCCUGCCUACACAGUACAAGCUUUCGGGAGAACCUCCCUUUCUCAAGUCUGAAGCAUUUCUGAGCAAGACGACGAAAAAAAGUUAUUACAAGAUAAUAAAUAAAUAUAUAUAUAUUCCACCCUGUACUGUGUAGGCAGGGGUCCACAAAUCAUUGACAACCAAUCAAUAUCAAUACAUACAGAAUAAAUCUGAAAUCCUUUAUCAACUAGCCCCAACACUGACUUGUCAAUAUGACACAGAUACCACCAUUACCAUUUUUGAUACUGUUCUGGAACUGGAUGCCCCUCAGGAAUUUUAGCCCUUUCCAAUUUUUGGUCUUUAUUUAGAUCCUCCAUGCUGCCUUUGCAAGCACCCCUUCUCUCCAGUCUAGACUUUCUGAGGCUGAGCCGCAUUGGGAAGUCUGUGAUUGGACAAUGAGAAGCCUUUCCAAGGCAGGUGCUCUGAGCAAUUCCUUGCCGCUUGGGUUUAGUUCCAGGACAAGUUCCAGUAACCUGUGUUCGGUCACAUUUCCCUACCCCAUGCCACACCCUGUGACACAGAUCAGCGGUUUCCUGUGUUACACAUGUAGGGAAAUCUGAUGCGGGCAGGGAGCAAAUGCAGGACCAGCAUGUCACUCCCAAUGACAAAGCAUCAGCUGGAUGUGUGUGUGUGUGUGUGUGUAUGUAUGUAUGUGCUAUGAUGAACAAAAAUAUAAUGUAUCACUCCAUGUGUUUUCUAAAAAUAGAGUGAAUAAACACUGUAUAUUUACCAUCUCAUUGGUGUAUACUUGCAGGGUAGCAUUCCUUCAUGUUGUGUUUUCUGUGUCAUUCUACUAAUGUGGCUUUCAGAAACCCAACUACGUGGGGGGAGGGGGGGGGGGUGACGAAGGGAGGGAAGUUUUCAUUUUUAAAUGCGUAUAAACACCUCAAAUGUCAGUCACAGCAAUAGCUUUUUAAUGAAUGGUAUUUUAUAUAUUUUUGUUUCUUUACAGGUGAAAAUGAGAUUCUUCAGACUCUCCAUAACAUAGCAAGUAAAAACAAGAUAUGGAGGUCCUACAUUGGGAUGGGCUAUUACAACUGCUCCGUGCCCCAAGCCAUAUUGCGAAACCUGCUGGAAAAUGCAGGAUGGUAAAUACAAAUCUUAUAUAUUUUUAUAUAUAUAUAUAUAUAUAUAUAUAUAUAUAUAUAUAUAUAAUUUUUUUUUUUUAUUUUUUUUUUUUGUCAAAUGUUUUUUGGUGAAUAAGGUUUUUGUGUUGUCCCUUCUAGCAAAAUACUCAUGUCCACAGAAAUAAAAUAAUUUUAAUAAAUACAAAAUCACAUUGUGCAAAUGCUGUCUAACAUAGUAGACGUGUUAAUUUAAUUUCUUGGAGCCAACAAUGCUCAGGAAAACUAUAAAUAUUUACAAUUGUUGGUUGACUUGGCUAGAAUGUCAGGCCUUUCAUGAUUAUAAGCAUCCUAUGACAAUAUCGCCUUAUUGUUUCGGAUCGAUUUUAAUUCCGGUCAUUAAAGGUUUUAUCGGAACCAAAGAAAUAUUGCUGCAAGUAAUAUUAAUUUAAAAAAAAUUAUAGUAAAUUGAUAUUAUACUUAAAGUUGAAAAAAAUCUGAUUUGGUGAUUCAAAGCAACUUAUGAAUGACAAUGCAGGAGAGGGUCGCAUCUUUCCCCUCCACCCCCCGCCCCCCAAUUAGCAUGGGAUUGCUAAUUAUCCAGAAAGGGUAAUGGGAUGGGUAACCAUUUAUUUAUUUAUUUAUUUAUUUAUUUUUGGGUGGAGUUGGAUAAUGACAUGCCCUUAUUUAUACAUAGUGCUUCAUAUGUACAAAUAUACUUGCAUGCUCACUCUGUUUGAAUGUACAACAUUUUAUCAUAAAUAUCCCAUUGUACAGCGCUACAGAAUUUGCUGGCGCUAUAUAAAUAAUCUAAUAUAAACCGUCCAUAAUUUAUUUUUUUAAAUUCGUUUGGAAGUGCUUGUGAUUUAAAUCUGGCCUUCUGUUUCUGGCACUUUUGAAUUUCUAAAGCAGAUUGGGUAUUCUAAAGAAAUAUUAAUUGUCACUGUUAUCUAAUGCAGAUUAUUGACCUCUGGUCAAUAAUCUUCAGUGUGUGGUGGAUUCACGUAGGGAGCUGCCAAAAUCCUUUUAUAUAGGAAAACCGCAAACUAUUCUGGGUACCAGGUAAAAAGAAGUGGUUUUUAAUAUUAUGAAUCUGGAGUGAAGAAGUCAUCCAUGAAAUAAACUAAAAAAGAAGCACGCAGUUGGCAUAUGCCUUUUCAUGCACUAAAUAGUAACCCUUCGUGAGAAUAUAGAACUUGGAAGAGAAUAUAUUCUAACAGUAAUGGUUUAACAUCAUCCAUGACAAAUGUAUAUGCUUGAAAUUAGAGCUGAUCAGACAGUGUUCUCUGAUAUUUACUAAGCCAAUAAGCCCAAGCCAGGCAUAAAAGCUCUGAUCUAGCUGAUGUGACCACUUGUCAGUCUCUCAGGACGUGAGUUGCCAAUUUGAUGGGGGAUGGGGACAGCAGGCGCCUGGUCCAUCACAUUAAUAUCCCAAUGUUUCAAUAGGUGAAACACCCUGCUGGAUCUUGGCUUGUUUUAGUGGCACCACAUUCAGUUAUCAUCGGAUUUCCUGGAGCUCACUAUACACACUGUAACUUACUUACAAGUAAUUAACUAUGCAGUAGGGAAUUCUGCAUUUAAGGGUAUAAUGAUUCUAAGCCAUCUGCAUGAAGUUUGUUUUAACAUUCAACAGUUUGAUGCAGGCUAUACAAUUCAUUGGCUUAUCAGAUAAUAGGAAAUGGUAAAAUAAUCAGCUGUUUAUAUAUCCCACACUAGAUGUGAUUAAGGUAUCUGACUGUGGGGAGGGGGCUCUAAUGUCCUCAAGCACUUCUCAGAUCCUUGCAUUGUUUCUGCUGGGAUAACCCUCCUGUUGUUGUUUUUCCACUUCAAAGGACAAGUGUGAAAAACACUUUUGGAGUUUAGUGUUCUGUUCUGAAAUGUGGCACCAAGAGGUCAAUGGGGCAGAGUUAACAAUAGAAUGUGCUUAUUGGAUCUAUUGGUUUCCAUAGUGACUACUCACUGUGGCGAAACCGGCCUCGCCACGUGUCCUUGGAGGGGGCUGCUUGCCCGCCUCUUGCCUUUGGACUAUGGACCAGACUUUAUGUGAAUGUGUUAACCCAGAUAGCUAUGCCAUGGAGCCCAUUCAUGUAGUUAAAGACUUCGGCUCCAUGGCAAUUGAACUGUGUGAAUAGGAUCUGAGCGCUAUUUGGUAGUUUAGCUAUCUGGGGAUAUGUGAAAUGUCUGUGUCUUAUGUGUAAAAGGUGACUUGAUGUGUUUUGUGUCUUUUUGCAACCAUGUGCUUAAUAGAGUCUUGUGUCUGUCCUGGGAGAUAAUUGAAUUACUUCUCAAUUCAAUCUCCAGGAUAGAAGACUCUGAAACUGGUUUGGGCCGGAAAGCCAUGCUUCAUUUAGUCACAAAGGACUUUCCCUUAACUUUUGAACCCCUGGUCUGAUUCGUGCCAUUUUUUAAUAUGUUGUUCCCCUGAAUGGAUUGAUUAUGAAAAUGUAUGUUUUAUGUUUGUGACAUGUAUAUUUUAGAAGUUAUAAAUAUUGUGUAAAAACUGUAUUCCUCUGCUGGUGAUAAUGAGAUUACCCAUUAUGUUCAGUAAUUAUAUCACAUACAGAGGGGAGGAUUUUGUGUGGGAGUGUCUGGGUGUAUUGUACGGAUUGAUUGGUUGUUUUGUAACGCCCUGUGGGCUGUACUAUGUUUGUGGAUUGGGAAUAAAAGAGACUGUAUGUGACAGUACAGAGAGUUCCUGUUUUAACCCUCAAAGUGAAGUGUCGUCUCAUUAUUGGGGGAAGGAUUUAUUGUAUGCUGUUCCAGUUUGACUGCUAGGAGAGUAAACCUAUUCGUAUGGUUCCUAUUCAACUGUCUACAGCAUUCAUAUGCUUGAGAGGAUUCAUAUGCUUCUCCGGUUCGGUGGUUGUGGUGUCUGCUGCAGUGCUUGGAGUCCUCAGGAAGCGCUAGGAGCAUCCUUUAACGGAGGUACCCAGUCGGGGGUGCCAGGCGAUCCGUUACACUCACUUUUAGUACUUUUCAGCACAUAAAGGGGGAAUUUUUUUACCUUGUUCUGAAACAAGGCAGUUAUAUGUCAUCACUAAUAACUGUAUGAAAGUGAUCUAAAAAAAUAUUUUAUUCAUAGUAAAUUCCAGAAAUUCACAGAAAUUUCCAUUUCCGAACACCUGCAUAUUUACAGCGGCAGAAAAAAUCAUGUAACAUUCAUAAAUGGGUGCAAAAAAGUAACCGAUUAGGAUUCCAACAGAAUUGAUCAAUUGUGACAAAAUUCUCCAAACAUUUGCUGAGAAUUAGAUAAAAAAUUUUUUUUUUUUUUUUUAAAUACAUAAACCCUCUCAAUGUGUACUUUGCACAGCUUACCAUGCCUAUAGCAAAACUACACUAAAUGUAGGUUUCAACACUAAAACGUGCAAUUUGCUAUUAAGACCACCUGGAUGUUGGGCAAAAGUAACAUCCCAAGGACAUACUUGAAAACCAGAGCAAUUUGAAUGUACCUUUCCUAUUUAAAUACUCUGUUGUUAUUAUAGUCUACAUCAUGCAUGCAACCAUCCCUUUUUAGACUUUUUUAUUUAUUUUUAAAAAUAAAUUUACUGCAUGCCUCUAUGAGCUGACACUACAUCUAAUAGCCAUGGUUCCUCUAAACAACACAACUCCCUAUGGUGAGAUCUUUGUUGAUUGCCUGGCUAAGCAGGACAGUGCUGGCAUCUGAUGAAAGUAAAGACUGCCUGUAGCUUCCCCUAAAUGAGAUUGGAAUUCCAUCUCCAUGGAAACUGACCCAACAAAUUCCAUGGACAGGAGAACAAAGAUGGUAAAUGCUCAGGACAAAAGGCAUGAGUUUUUUUACAUGCAUUUGCAUUCUUGAACGAAUCUUCCAGUAAAUGUAUACAACACUGCAGUAUCUUGUUUUUCCUACAUGGACAAACUAAUGUAUUUGUCCUAAAGAGUAACAGGAGAGUGUAUUAAUGUGUUCUUUUAUAUCAUUUUUUGUGUCAGAGUAUUGCAAAACUCAAAUAUCGCAAUGCAAACAGAUACAAAGUGUUUGUGUAUGUGUGUGAGAACACUGUGUCAGCUGUUAACUCAAGCUAUUGGUCUGUCAGUCUGCACACAGUGUCCAUGUAAACAAGGUCUGUGUUCACCCCCACCACGUCCUCCUCACUUAUGUAUCUAGUUUCCUAUUCUGUUGUCUCCAAUAAAGAAGCAACAUACAUUUCCUACAUUUAAUUUUAGUUUUAAAUUCAUUUAUGCAUUACUAAGUAACCUGUAGUGUAUAUGUGAAAAUGAGAGAAAUCUCAAUGUAUCCUUCCUGGUAAAAUAUUUUAUAAAUAAAUAAAAUUGUGUGUGUGUGUGUGUGUGUGUGUGUGUGUGUAUAAUUUUUUUUUUUUUUUUUCACCUUCAGAACAACUUUUGCUUCUAUAUUGAAAGCCAAUUUAUCAUGAUUAUGGGGUUAAACUAAUAGCUGGAUUUUUUUUUUUUUUUUUGUGUGUCAAUCACAUUACUCAUUGGACUCUUGUUGCCUCACCCUGAUAAAUGUUACCUAGCAUGCGAUAUAUAAUCUCCAGUAUACCUGUACAGCCUCUUCAUUGCAAACUCCAUCAUUCGGUUUCUGACAUAAGACUAAAGUAUUUAUUAUACUAGUUUUUUCAUCUUGAUAUCUGUAUCACAGUUACUCUGGUGCAUAGCCUUUGUGGAGUGGGGCUUUGGGGCUGAAGCCCCAGAUGUGAGACUAGUUGACCCUAGCUCUCUACAGAUAGUGGAUGGGGCAUGAGGUUAUUUGAGUUAUUUAUUUUUAUACGUUUACAACUGGCAGUGGCUUCUCAACGCAGCCUCCUGACCUAAAAGUACAGUUCACUAGUCGAGUGCUCUGCAUGUCUACUAAGAAGGAAGGGUGGAACCACCAAGGUACUGUCAGAAUUGGCUACCGGGGAAGAGAACAUUGAUCAUCUCCUAUUAGCAUGGCGUGAUAACACUGAAUUCUUUACUGUGCAGCAUUUACUUGUUUCCAGCUAUGCUUUCAUUGAGACCCUGGACAGCAUCAGCAGCACCCAGUUCAUGGCUAGUGAGGAUGAGACCUAGAAUUGAGAAGUGGUGAUAUGUCAAAACAUAUCCACACCUUUCUGCUAGUAUAGGCAGUAAUCACAUUUUGCUUUAGACUUAAGCACCAGGUGUUUCUAUAUCUCAACAAUGGGUUUUUAAUUUUUAUUUUUGUCCGAACUGCAGUUGAUCAGUAUUUUGGCUGUUCAGAUGAUUGAAUUCCCAAUGGUACACCAUUGACCAAUGUUAAUUGGUUACCUUUUUUGGUGGUAACCAGUUGACUAGGGUUUUUAAUGGUGCGAAAGUGUUGUGGGCUUUCUUUUUUUUUUCUCUUCUAUGAGGAAGUCCUGUGUUAUUGAAUUAUUAACAGCAACUUAAACUCCACUAUGACUUAGCUGAAAAAAAGAGGCUUGUGGUAGCCAAGUGUGUUCAGAUCUUUUUCUGUUGAUGGGGAAGGAGGGUAGGGAAAGUAAUUCACUAGAGCAGGCAUAGGUAACCUUCAGCACUCCAGAUGUUUUGGACUACAUCUCCCAUGAUGCUUUGCCAGCAGUAUGGGUGCAGUAGCAUUAUGGGGCAUUUAGAGUGCUGAAGGUUGCAUAUCUCUGCACUAGAGAAUAUAAGGUUUAUCAAGGAAUCUGAUGUAAACUAUUUGGCGAGAUGACAAAGGGUAAUUAGAGUUGAUUAUACAUGCAUACACUGAUCAGCCACAACAUUAAAACCACUGAUGGGUAAAGUGAAUAACAUUGAUUAUAUUGUUACAAUGGCACCUGUCAAGGGGUGAUAUAUAUUAGGCAGCAAGUGAACAGUCUGUUCUUGAAUUUCAUCUGUUGGAAGCAGGGGGAAAAAAGCAAAAGGUUUUAAGUGACUUUGACAGGGGUCAAAUAGUGAUAGCUAGUUGACUGGCUCAGAGCAUCUCCAAAGUGUCAAGUCUUGUGGGGUGUUCUUCUGGUAUGCAGUGGUUAGUACUUGCCAAAAGUGGUGCAAGGAGGGAUAACCGGUCAACCAUCUGGUGAACCUGGGUCUUGGGUGAAAAAUACUCCUUGAUGCAUGUGAGGAGCUACUGUAAUUCAAAUUGCUGAAAACCUUAAUUGCCAUGAUAGAGCGGUGUCAGAACACUGUGCAUCACAUCUGACUGCAUAUGGAACUGAGUAGCCGCAGACCAGUCAGUGCCCAUGAUGUCCCAUGUCCACUGCAAAAAAGUGCUUUGGCAUCAGAAGUGGACAACGGCGCAAUAGAAGAAGGUUGCCAGGUCUGAUGAAUCAUGUUUUUCUUAAAGUUCAGUUGGAUGGAUGGGUGUGUCAGUCAUUAACUGGUAAAGAGAUGUCAGCAGGAUGUACUACGUGAAGAAGGCAGCCCAGCAGAGUCAGUUAUGCACUGGGCACUGUUCUUUUGGGAAUCCAUGGGUCCUGACAUUCAUGACCCGUACCACUUACCUAGUGAUUGUGGCAGACCAUGUACACCCCUUCAUGGCAAUUGUUUUCCCUGAUGGCAGUGGCCUUGUUCAGCAGGAUAAUUCACCCUGCCAGACUCAAAAAUAGUUUAGGAAGCAGUGUUUCCUGAACAAAUGUCCAGCUGAAACAUUGCUUCAAUAAAGUCUGAUCCCUACUUGGAUUCAGAGUGUACAGGAAUUUGUUUAGGCAGUAAUGAAGCAGCCUAAUUCACUAAACUAGGAUUUGUGGAAAAUGGACAAUGGAAUAUAAUUUUUUUGGGGGGAAAGGAAAUGUUGGAGACUUUAUUUUUUUGUAAAAAUAUUUUUCAAUAUGGAAAUUUUUGCCUAAAGUGUAAAGGGACACUAUAGUCACCCAGACCUCUUCAGCUCAAUGAAGUGGUGUGGGUGCCAGGUCCCCCAGGUUUUAACCCUUCAGAUGUAAACGUAGCAGUUUCAGAUAAAUUGCUAUGUUUACAUUGCAAGGUUAAUACAGCCUCUAGUGGCUGUCUUCCUGACAGCCACUAGAGGCACUUCUGCGAAGCUGGAUGCGAAAAUCGCAUUCAGCGUGCAGAACGUCCAUAGGAAGGCAUCGGGAGCCGACGUCUGAGGGAGAGGAGAGGUCACCAGCGCCGAGGGAUUAAAGGAAGUAACUGAAGGGGUUUUAACCUUAACACUAUAGGGAUCCUUUAUCUUGGCAAAAAAGCUCCUGUAUGCUACAUGUUCUUUCCUAAACCCAAGCACUUUGAGUUGAAAAGCAGGUAGAUAUGAGUGCAUCAAAGUUAAAGAAUGUUCGAUCGUGGGGGAACAAAGCAUUAUCCGGUAAAAACCUGCAUGUAGAUUAUUAUUUGGGAUGGGGUACCUGCACUUUUUUUAUGUUUAGUAGUCCAUGGAAUGUAAAUGCUCUGAAUGUAAUCUUGCCACAACUAAGUUAAAGCUAUUUUGAACUAGGUAUUUUAAAAUUAAAAAAUCAUAUAGAUGCACAAAACUAAAAAACACGUGUGUGUGUGUAAAUAAUAUAUAUAUUAACUUCCCCCCCCCCCCCCAUGUCUAUUAAAACUGAAAACUGAUUUUAAGCCCCUAAAAUUAAGUAUGAGUUUUUUAAUCUGAAACUGAAUAUGCGCAGGUUAAGCACAAUAGGGCAAAGUGUUUUAUUUAAAGUAUUAUUGAGUAGUCCUCCCUUAAAAAAUAAAAUAUAAAAUAAAAAUCUGUAUGAGGUUGUACAAUGUGCAUUAAUCUAAAUUCAAACGGGAAACUUACAAUGUCCUAUGUUUUAUUCUCUAGGGUCACACAGUACACUCCCUAUCAGCCUGAGGUAUCACAAGGCCGCCUGGAAAGUUUGCUUAACUACCAGACUAUGGUCUGCGAUCUCACAGGAAUGGAUGUUGCUAAUGCAUCCUUGCUGGAUGAGGGAACAGCGGCAGCAGAAGCAAUGCAAUUAUGCCACAGGUAAGAAAUAGUUAUACAGAGAAGCAUGCGUUUUGGGGAAAAAGCCAUUGAGGUGUACUGGACACAACCUAGUACCAGUAAUCAACAAGACUGAAUGUUCCUUCUAGCUGUUUACAGAAUCUUGAGGUUACACACUUGACUUGCAUAUGUCACUGUUGUGUAUCUUCCAAAAAAGGAACACUUUAUUUUUUUUUAACAGUUUAGUUAAAAACCAUAUAAAGUGAUGCAUGUUUUCUCAGGGGCAUAUGAAAUUGUGGCUUGUAAUAGCUGCAGAUCUGGUAUCUGAAGCCAUUUUAAGCUCUCCCCUUCUUCUCCAAUACAUACUUUCUUUGAAGCUUCUCACGAAGAAGCUUAGUGGAUCAUCAAUGUUUGUGUUUUGGAGUGUCCCUUUAACAGAACUGCGAUGAGUGUGGCAGGUAGAUCACCAAGCUUGAGAGGUGGGGUUGGACUUUUGAGGGUGGGUACAAUUUCAGGUGGUCUAAGAUCUAUUUCUAUAGAAAGCAUGUAUGCUUGGUAUGGGGUUCAGGCAGAUGUGUAGUGCCCUACUCUAAAAUGGGAAGGAUAGUGAGCAUGCCUAAGCAAGCACACUAAAUUCUGUGUUGAGAAAAGCUACUAAAACCUUUUUUUAAAUUGUGACCAUGCAUUUUUUUUUCUUUUUAUCAGACACAAUAAAAGAAGGAAAUUUUAUGUAGACAGCAGAUGCCAUCCUCAAACAAUAGCUGUGGUACAGACAAGAGCCAAGUAAGUAGAUUUUAAUUCCACUCACUUUCAUUGUGCAUCACAAUGUGAGUGAGCUUACUUUUUUAGUAGUGCCAUCAAGCUAGAGAACCGACUAAUUGAUCAGAAAAUGACCUUCAAAGAUAAGUUUCCAAGCAUGCCUAAUUGUAACAAUGGGGUAAAAAUGACUAUUUUAAUGUAUUAUGUAGGACCCUCUCAUUCUGGAUUGUGGAUUUGGUAUUGACUCCAUAGACCUAUGUCCAUGGAUUUAUGAGAUAAUCCUAUAUUCCCCUUGCAGCAGUUUCACUGACCACAUACCAAUAGCCGUCACAUUAAACUUACUGUGCUUUCAUUUUGGGUACUUCUUUGUGGAAUACAUUUUAAAUGUUUAUUUCCUCUAUUGGACAUAUAUUAAUAAAGAAUGACUUAAAACCAUGUUUGGGUCUAGUGUGCAUUCAUUUUUAGUUUCAUGUGCCCAUUUAACCCACUAAGGACGGAAGCAAUCGUCCACAUUCUGAACCAAAGCAAAGCCUACAAUUUGAGCUAUAUGUCUGUUCAACCACAAUUUACCUCUUUUAUAUUAAGUGAACCCACAAGUACUCUAUAUAAGAAAUUUUAUUUUUCAAGUUCUGCAUGGAAUUUUAACAGUGAAUGUCCGAAUACUGUUCACUUUUUCUGCAAUGCAAUACGUAUAUGUGUAUGCUGUGAUGUCCCACGAGUACAACAAGGCCCUCCGUGUACACGUUUCAUGGUGUUUUGGAAAGUUGCAGGGUCAGUUUGCCAGAUUGGUUUGCUGUGCCCAUGUUGCCUUUGAUAUUGCAGACCAGGAAUGAAAAUUAAAGGACCACUCUAGGCACCCAGACCACUUCAGCUUAAUGAAGUGGUCUGGGUGCCAGGUCCAGCUAGGUUUAACCCAUUUUUUCAUAAAAAUAGCAGUUUCAGAGAAACUGCUAUGUUUAUGAAUAGGUUAAGCCUUCCCCUAUUUCCUCUAGUGGCUGUCUCAUUGACAGCCACUAGAGGCGCUUGCGUGCUUCUCACUGUGAUUUUCACAGUGAGCGCACGCCAGCGUCCAUAGGAAAACAUUAUGAAUGCUUUCCUAUGUGACCGGCUGAAUGCGCGCGCAUUCAGCCCAGGAGGAGGAACGGAGGAGGAGAGCUUUUUUAUUACCCCUUUCCCCCUUCCAGAGCCGGGCGGGAGGGGGUCCCUGAGGGUGGGGGCACCCUCAGGGCACUAUAGUGCCAGGAAAACAAGUAUGUUUUCCUGGCACUAUAGUGGUCCUUGAACCGCAUCAUGGCAUAGUAUUUGCAAAGGUAGACGCAGGGUAUUCAAAACUGGGUCACAAACCCUGGACAAAAAUAGUGUUGAUAUUUAGUUUUUUGCAUUUUUUCACACACAAACUGCAAUUUCACUGAUAUCCUUGUCAUUCUACAAUUUACUGCUAUAAAACACCUAUUUGUAUUCAGUAAUGUCUCACGAGUACAACAGUUUCCCCCAAUGUACAGGUUUUAUCAAGUUUUGGAUAGUUCUAGGAUCACAUAUAGAGCAUGCAAACUAAAUUCUCUGGAAGUUCUGCUUUGGUUGUCUGGCAGGUGUAUCUAUCUCAUCUAUCUAUCUCAUCUAUCUGUAUCUAUCUGAUCGUAUCUAGAAUUUAGUGUGCAUGCUCUAUAUAUGAUCCUAUAUAUAUAAUUACAUAAUAUAGUUUUGGAUAGUUCUAGGAUCACAUAUAGAGCAUGCACACUAAAUUCUAGAUACGAUCAGAUAGAUACAGAUAGAUGAGAUAGAUAGAUGAGAUAGAUACACCUGCCAGACAACCAAAGCAGAACUUCCAGAGAAUUUAGUUUGCAUGCUCUAUAUGUGAUCCUAGAACUAUCCAAAACUAUAAUAUAUAUAUAUAUAUAUAUAUAUAUAUAUAUAUAUAUAUAUAUAUAUAUAUAUAUAUAUAUAUAUAUAUAUAUAUAUAAUAUAGUUUUGGAUAUCUCUAUAUCUCCAGAUCAUUGGGCUGUGCUAUGCUACCCUUUUAUUGUUGUGAAAAGGUUCAAAUACUUUUUUGUUUUAUUAAUUAUUUUUUUUUUUUCUGGGUAAUGGAGUGUGGAAGCAUAGUCCAAUAACAACGUAUAAGCUCUCCCAGACCUGCAAGUAUCUCUGCCAUAGCUCCCUGAGACAGCUAGAGUGGGGAGAAAUACUCAGGAGCGAUACAUACUUGCAGAUCUGGGAGAUCCUCUCAGAUCAAUAUUUAUUAACCCCGCCCCCUUCCUCCUGCUUAAUCUCCUCACUCACACUCAAUGAGGAGUGCUCCUCUGAGUGUGCUGUGACUGCCUCCUGCUUGCCUGCCUUCUCAACACUGAGCUGGUUAUCAGGCAGAGCAGCUUCUCACAGCUCUGCAGUGUUCACCACUGUCCCCCCUUCCCUCCUAAAUAAGACACCGAAAUACAACUUGUAAGUGGCCAGGUAUCUCUGCAGGGAGGGUUCAUAGAGGGAGAGCAGACCUGCCAGUAAUGAAGAUGGGAGCACUUAGAGACAUAGAAAUUAAUGUUUGUUGUAUAUUUAUUUCUUAAUUGUAUGUCGGUGUCUGUAUGACGGUCUGUAUGACUGUAUCUUAAUGUCUGUGCCUGUAUGUCUCUGUAUGAUUGUGUGUGUGACUAUGUAUGACACAGUCUGUAUGUCUGUGUCUGUAUGUAACUUUCCUCUUCCAAAUGUUACACAACAUCCUGUGACGUCCUGUCCAGUGACCUCACGCAUACAUAAUUAAUCAUGCAAAUUAGCAUGGCCAGUAUUUUUAUUUAUUUUUUCCAAGAAAUGUGGCAACCCUACCCAUAAUGAGAGGUGUGAGCUGUAACAACCUGCGGUUACUCUGGCUUAGUACCCCCUUUGCGUCUCUGCUUCCUAGGCUAUUUUUUUUACCAUCCUUUAUCGCCUUGCUGAGUCAGAGCAUUCCGUGCCAUUAGGAGCACUCAGAUGCCUAUCUCAAAGUACUCUGAGCAAUGUUCAGAGAUGAAGUACAAUAAACAAUAGGCUAAUUUACAGUACAUACAGAUCCCUAUCAAGACCUCUUCCCAUAACUCAUUGUUUUUCCUGCUGUAAAAAAAAACCUUCAGUCCUACCAAGACAAAAAAAUACUUUGCACCAUUUUGUCCAUGUGAUGGAACUUUGUUUAAUUACCUUGUACUGUUUUGUUCCAGUUACAUAGGUGUCACAACAGAGCUGCUGUUGCCGGAAGAGAUGGACUUCAGUGCAAAGGAUGUCAGUGGUGUGUUGUUUCAGUAUCCGGACACUAAUGGAAAGGUGGAAGAUUUUGCCCAACUAGUUGACAGAGCCCAUCAAAAUGGAGUAAGAAAAAUUCCUGCACAAACUCUGUAUAACCAGAAUAUUAUGGAGUUCAAAUCAAAACCAUAUAUGUUAAAGAGAAAUAUUUAACAGAUUACACAAAAAGUCUUAUUUCUGAGCUUGAGGAACAAAAUUUUUUAUUUGUUUACAAGCAGAACUAGAGCAACACACCAUUUUUACCUCUGUAGCAGUGUUUAUUUUACACUGCUGUCUGAAGAUUCAGCAGUUUGCAAUUCAUAUUUUAAUGCAGGAUCAAACCGUCCAGUGCCAGGAACAUAUUGCUAUAUAUGUUCAUACACUAGAAAAGUUGUCUAGAUUUAGACAUUUAGAACAUUGGCUCAGAACCUCGGACAUGUUAUUAACCAGUUAAGGAAAGAAUUCUCUCCCUCUCCCUCUACCUCUCCCGUUGUAGCUCAGCUUAUCAGAGCUCUUGUCUUGUUCUGUCCUUAAUGUAGAUCUUUAACUGCUUUCUUCUGGCAUUGACCCUGCUAGCCUAAAACAUGCUAUUGUUGUAACCAUCAGAGAAAAAGCCAUUUCUUGGCCUGUCUUCCCCUUCUAACUACCAUCCCAGGUCCCUGCAAUUUACGCAGCUGGGCCCAGUGGUUUCUAGUUACACCUCUGCCCAUUAGACUCCUAUAGUCUUCAAUCAUUUAAAAAGUCACUCAAAACCCAUCUCUUCAGAAAAGCUUAUGGCCUCCCUGAGCAACUUCAAUUUUACAAAACUGUUUCUUGCUCUUUCUUGAAGGGCACAACUCCACUCUCACCUUCCAGUUAUGCUGCUUUACCUCCCUGUCACGAGUUUGCCAUUUCCCGCUCUGUCCUUCCUAUUGUGUUUGUUUUUAUUUUAUUUUUAUUUUUUUUAUUUGCAUAAAGUCAUGGUUCAGAUAUCACUGAUUUGUAUACAUAGAAUAUUGAGAAGUAACAAUUAUCUGUAUGCGUCAAAUACAUAGAAAACAAGAAUGUUUUCUAAAAAAAAGUGUAUGUUGGAAGUUUUCCCCUUUGGUUAGCUUGCCCAUGCUAUUGCGUCCUAUUGUGUUUUUUAUACCCCAGCUCCUCUAGAUUGUUAACUUGUUUGAGCAGGAUCCUCAGCAACCUAUUGUUCCUGUAAGAGAUUGUAAUUGUCUCAUUUAUCUUUAAAUUUCCCUCUUUAUAAUAAUGUAAAGUGCUGCGGAAUAAGUUGGCACUAUAUAAAUGCUAAUAAUAAUGUUGAUACUUGGAUACAACAAACUCUUAUUAGGGAAAAAAGACCUCUAAUAAAUGAAAGGGACACUGUAAGCAACAUAACUACUACAGCUCAUAGUCUCUUGACGAUGCCUACUGGUUCUUUGGUUACCUUCACUGCUCUUACCCUAUCGCUGUCGUCCAGUUUGGAUCCAAUUAAGACUGAUAAUGCGGGAUUGUAAGCUGAGAAAGUGAUGGUCUUUGUGUGCCAGGGAAUGCACUCAGAGCUGGAUAUUAGAAGAUAUUUGUCAUUAUAAGAGGAAGGUAUGGUUUGGAUUUUUCUUGCUUACAGUCCUGUUUUUUUUUUGUCUCUAACAGAUUGACAACGAUGUAGGUGUUGUGCCCUGGUUCUUUCAUCCUAGUGUUUAAGGGCAGUGGAGAGGUUUUUAAAAAAGCUGUAAAAGAUGUUUGGGAAUUGUUCAAUAUAGAAAGUUUUGGUAGUCAAAAAAAAACUGUAAUGGUUUUAAUUUAUAUGUAUUAAUAAUAUGCUAGCAUUAGUGUAUUUGAUUUGUACUUCUUGUAAUUUCUUCAGACCCUUGCUUGCUGUGCUACUGAUCUCCUAGCAUUAUGCAUUCUGAGGCCUCCUGGUGAAUUUGGAGUGGACGUUUCACUUGGCAGCUCCCAGAGACUUGGCGUGCCGCUCUGCUAUGGUGGACCACAUGCAGCUUUUUUUGCAGUUAAAGAAAAUCUUGUGCGGAUGAUGCCUGGAAGAAUGGUUGGGGUAACCAGGUAUGAAAGUUUAAACAUAUCCAUUAUCCUUUACCCUCAUGAGACAUGUCUAGCAUUUACAUGGAAGUAGCACCUUGUUUUGGAUGUGGUUGUUGUAUUAGCAAGUGUGCCCGAGCUGUAAAAUAUCACAUAUAUUAAAGUAGUUUUUAGGACAGCCAUUUCUAUUUUAGACUUUUAGAACUUAAUGGGGAUAAUACACGAGGACCACUAGGCAUGCCCCACAUACCACAACACCAUACACGCAAAUCUAUAAGAGUAGGCAGUUCCUGCACUCUUGUUUUGUGUGGGUUUUCUGUUUUCUUCCCCCGUAGUGUGUGCAAUGUAUUGUCACAUAGGUUAUCUGUGCACUGCAUUUUUAAAAUGGGAUUCUUUUCUUGUGUUUUUGUUUGUUUGUUUUUUAGUUAAUUUUUCUAUUUUCUAAGAAUAAAUGAUUGGGGCUAAAUUAUUACAUUGAAGAUAUUUUUCAGUUUCUGUUUUGGCCAAUGAUUUAUAAUUUCUUCUUCCAAUUAUAUAUAAUUAAAGAGUUGCCUAUUUAAUUUAUUUACCAUUGUGAUAAAUACGACAUCAUGUUUUAAUGUUUCACUUUUGCAAUACAAUGAAAUUGCUAAAUUUAACACCUUUUGAAAAUUGCUUAAUUGAAAAUGAUCCUUCUUUUCCUGCAACUUGUUUAUAUAAGGGAGAAAACCCACUAUUUAUUAUUGCAGGAGCAGAAAAAAAAUAUUAUAUUUUAUAGCCCAAAUAUAAAGGUUCUAAAAUAAGAUGCACAUUGUGUUUUUUCACAUUUCUUUGUCUUUAGUUACUCACAGAUUAUUAAUUGUUCAUUUUAAAUUCUCAUCUAUCUAUUUAUUUUUGUUUUAGAGAUGCUGCUGGAAAAGAAGUUUAUCGCCUUGCAUUGCAAACCAGGGAGCAGCAUAUCCGAAGGGAUAAAGCAACAAGCAAUAUAUGCACUGCACAGGUAAUCCUAGAAUUAAAGUGUCCAUUCUCAAACAAUAAUAUCUUUCCUCUGUUCCUGCCUCAGUUAAAUUUUAUGUGUACCUGAUUGGAAUCUGCUCUAAUUGGACCCAGAAUACUUCCUUUCAUGGCAAACCGCUUCCCCCCCCCCCCCCAAAAAAAAAAGUUCAGGCUUCCUUACACUAGGGAGGGUAGGGGAGGGGGUGUAAUUUUAUCAUAUAGUAUAAAUAUAUAUUUUUUUCUAAAUUCCAUGUGAAGGAAUACUUCAACAGACAACCCAAGCACCAUAACUCCUGUUCAUUGCACAUGUUAUGGUGCAAGGACAACAAUUAUAAAUUUGUUUUAAUAAUUGAUUAAUUGUAGCUUCAAUAAUUCCUGGCAAUCCUUUACAACUGCUAAAUAGCAUGUGAGAGGCAUAUUGUUCUACUUUCAUUUUAUUUUGUUAAAAUGUGAUUUUCUUAAUUAGUGGAUACGGGACCUCCUCUUUCUUUCAAAUAGAAUAUAUCCUAAUUUAGAAUAAAAUAUAAAACUAAAAUCUAACUUUUAAGAAUAUUCCAUUACCUUCAGAGCAAUCAAUAGUUUAAUACAAUAACUGCUCCUUUUAAUAUUAUUUUUAUUAUACUUUUUGCCAUUUUUAGCAAGGUUAGCAAACACUAUAAUAUAGUUCACAUUCACAUGAGACAGUUGUCGCACACAGAACAUUGCGAUAUCUUUUGAGCGUUGAAUCCAGGUAACAUUAGCAUUAACCUAAUAGUCUUACAGAGGGCUUUGGAAGUCGCAAAAUAGGUGGCAACGAUUAUGUAGGUCUCCACUAUAUUUGUGCUAAGAUUGUAUGUGACUCUAAGUUAGGUUUUUGUACUAGCCUUAUAAGGGUUUGUCCUUUUGUUAUUUCUGGUAUAUGUGUUUCAAUGCGAAUUAGUAGUACAGUUAACGAUGAGUAGUUUGAAUUCCAUGAAGAAUGGGAAGAGGCAUGAGGAGUGGUGAUAGAAUAAUAGGAAUUAAGAUAGAGGAGGUUCAGAGAAAGUUACAAGAUGAAUGGAAGUUUCAGGUCGUAAUCGGAAUAGGCAGGCCAGCGGGGCGGAAGGGCAGUCAGGCCGGGUGCCCUAAGACGGAGUCCAGGCAGAGCACUGAGUUCCCGAAGUCCUCCUCAGCGACCCUGAGUAAGCUAUAACUGCUCUUUUUUUUUUUUUUUUUUAAAGACUGAUAAUUCUUUCAACAUUAUAUUAGCCUUGAGUCAGUGGGUUUGAUGAAGAAACAUGAUUGGUGAACUAAGCUUGCCCAAAAACCACCUACCUUGCAAGUCUAUCCACUUUGACAAAGCCUGUUUCAAACGCAGGACUAUGGAUAGGUGCUGCACAGCUUGUACACUUGAAGACCUGUAGCAUUAGGGUUCUGUGGCAAUGCUGACCUCAUCACUUCCUCCACAAAACUCCUGCCUAGUUGAUAACUGGGGUUUGGGUGAAGUUGUUGGUUUGUGUUGCAAAUGAAAACUAAAUUGCAAAAACUUACACCUGUUUUAAAAAAUAAAUAAAAAAAUAAUAAUAAUUGUGCCACAUGUCUCUCUUUUCAUCUUUUUUUAGUUCUAAUCUUUGUUGUGUAAAAUUUUAAUUGCAUAUGGUUCUUCAUUUUGUUGCAGGCUCUUCUAGCAAACAUGGCUGCUAUGUUCUGUGUUUAUCAUGGUCCGAAUGGCCUUAAGCACAUUGCCAGGAGAGUUCACAAUGCUACUUUAAUUCUGGCAGAAGGUAAUAGCUUGCAUAGAAUACAUGUUUGUUCCCCAGUACGACUGUUCUGUAAUCCUGUAUGGGAAUGUUCAGGCUUUCACAAUGAGGGCCUGUGUGUUUCUUAAGUGUGCCCAAAUGUUCCAUUAUCAAGAUUCCAUAAGUUUAAUAUUUCACCCAAAAAUAGCCAUAUUAUAAAGACUGAAACCGCUCGUGUAGAAAGUUAUGAAACAUAUCCAUAAUGUAUGAAUGCAAUAAAUCUUCACACAAGCUCCUAAAUAGUUGUUUUAUUUUGGCAUUUGUGCAGCGCCAUUUUAUUCCAGAGUGCUUUACAAUAUUAGAAAAGGGGUGAGUUUUUAGAAAGAAAUUAUACGAUUACAAAAUGUUACAGGAACAAUAGGUUGAUGAGGACCCUGCUCAAACAAGCUUACAGUCUAGUUGAAAUGGAGUACCAAUGCAGCUGGUGUGUCCUUUUAGCUGUAAAAAUAACCAUGGUACAUUAAAAAUGUAAUUAAUCUUCUUUGGUUUUUGUUUUCACUUUUUCAUGGACAUUUUAUACCCCUUUAUUUAUUUUUCCCUCAGUUUAAGGUGAAUGGUUUUUAGCAUUUAUAUUUUAGAUUAACAUUUUCCAAAAUGUUUCUCACAAGUAUAAAGUUGGGUGAAAUUAUACAGAAUCAUAUUUUUCUGUUUUACCAAUCCAUUCUAGUUUUUUUUUCUAUAAGUUUAUUUUUUCAAAUUGUAUUUUCUGUAUUUGUUGUGUGUGUGUUCAGGUUUAAAUAGAGCUGGUCAUCAGUUACAUCAUGAAAUGUUCUUUGACACAUUGAAGAUUCAUUGUGGGUGUCCAGCAAAAGAGGUUCUGGAUCGAGCUGCACAGCGUCAAAUGAAUCUUCGUACUUACAACGAUGGCUCAGUAAGGCUUGGUGUUUUCUCCCUGCUUAGAAUUUGUAGUAGCCUUUAUGGAAUUAAAAACUGUAUUGUGUGUGUGUGUGUGUGUGUGUACACUGAUUUGUAUGGGGUUUUUUUUAUUUGUUUUUUUACAAUCUUUAUUUAAAACAUACAUGGUAGAAAAUGUAUAAAUCUGUAUGAUAAUAUGCACAGCAUGACCAUGUCAGAGCAGUGUGGACUCUACCAUAAUCAUAAGUAGAAAUGUUCCAUGAGAGAAGGAGUGAAAGGACAGUGCUAUUUAUGUCCUUCAUCAAUACUCUGCCACUGACUUCCUCUUCCAAGACAAGUCUUUGAAAUUGUAAAUUUUAUUUCUUUUAAAUUAAAUUGUCAGAUUAUUGUAAUUUUUCCAUAUUUAAAUGUACAAUUUGAGUUUUACAUGUCAACGGAUCAUUACGUUUAUUCGCAGGGAAGCACAUGUAUAUUAUUUCCUGAUGUAAAAGACACACAAGAACGUAAGACAUAAACAGGCAUUGUGGUUUCCCAAUUGUAAAUUAUUUAAAUUUUUUUUUUCUUUUUAUUCCCAAUAGCUUGGUGUAUCUCUUGAUGAAACUGUCACAGAAAGAGACCUGGAUGAUCUCCUAUGGGUGUUUGGCUGUGAAUCAUCAGCAGUAAGUACUCUUUUGUGAAUCAUGCUUAUGGAAAUGCUGUGGAAGCUACUUUCCUUAGAGCCAACGAAAUGUGAAAGGCAGAACAGCACUCACAAGCACAUUUACUUUGUGUUGUUGCAAGGGUUAAUUCAUUUGACCAAAAUAAUUAGAAAAUAUGUGGGAGAGAAAUUCAGGGAUACCAUCCACACUAUAGAUAGGCAGAUGUCCUUUUUCCAAUUGACCAUUUAGGAGACUCAAAGUAUUCAAACCGUAAUGAGACCCAUGUAAGUGAACAUGUGCCUCUCCCUAUUUAAUUCUCUCUGCAGCACUCCUCCAUGCUCAGUUGUGUGCCUACUGUUCUCUUGUCCUGUUGCAUCUUAGUCAUAUUCUGAUUCCUGGUAUUUUAACCCCUUGCCUGUUUUAUUGCUCAAGAAGCUACACUGCCUGGACUAACCAUGUCUUUUGCCUGACCACGUCUUUGGAGUCUCCUUUUCUGUGCCUCACUAUUGGUUUUAUACUGCAUAUUGGGUUCCUCCUGUUCCAAACCCUUGACAAUACUAUACCACAGGAAAGACAUAUUCAUCCUUUAGUUGGCCAGGCUUAAAGCGCCACUGUCAUGCCGAAUUUACCUUUCUUUAAUCGAUACCUCUUCUCUCCCUCUCUCAGGAUCUGUUCUUCAUUUCUUCCUGUCUGCUCUAGUUUUCCUUAAAACUUAAGACAAAGUAGGGACUAUUUGUCUUAUGGAGGUUUCCUACACCUGACCAUCUCUGACCAGCGGAGGAGCAAAGUGUGCUUCAUUUCCGGUGGUCAGAGCAAUUUUCCCACAAUUCUCACCUUUCUUCCAUGUUCCUGCAAGGAUGCAAUUCGGUAGUUGGGAUCAAACUGAGACAGGCCAUGUCAAGGAGAACAGAGAAUUGGAAGACCAUUUAAACAGAGCCAGAGAUAAGAAUAGUGCAAGUCAAAACAUUCUCGGGUAACAGACUAUAACAGGUCAAAGUGGCUUAAUGUAGACCUAGGAUCAUGUCUAUUCGUCUGUGUAAGAAAUUAUGCAAAACAUGCAACUUGCUUCACUACAUCUACACAGAAUGGUGUGGAAUCAAAAUAAGGAUUCAAGCAUCGGGAGUAUAAAUGAUUUGCCAAUCAAGUGAUCUGCAUCAAAAUUGAUGGCAGAAUGAUGCACAGCAUCAAAUGCCUGUGGCAAUAGCCAGAGGGCACAGGAGUCACAACAGUGUACCAGAUUAAUCCAUAUGUAAAAAUGAAGUUACUACAGAUAAAUAUUUUCCAUAUAUCUAGCUUCUGUUAGAAAUACCUUGUACCUGUAGGGAGAUGACUUGAGUCUGUGCUUGUUCACUGACUUUCUUGUGCCUGUACUUUUUCCAAUAUUUGAGUCUUUGCUAUUUUACAGGAGUUAGUCGCUGAAAAUAUGGGCGAAGAUAUAAAGGGCAUCUUGAGCACUGCAUUCAAAAGGACCAGCAAAUUCCUUGCGCAUCAGGUGUUUAACAGGUAUGGGAUUAUUGAUUUAAAGGGACACUAUAUGCAUCUAAACCACUUUAGCUUAAUGAAGCAGUUUUGAUGUAUAAAUAUUGCACAUAUAGUCUUACUGCUCAAAUCUCUGCCAUUUAGGAGUUAAAUCACUUUGUUUAUGCAGCCCUAAUCACACCUCCCCUGCAUGUGACCUACAGUUUCCUUCCUGUAAAGAGUCAGUUUGUUUUUAUUUAGAAUGUAUUCUCUCCUGCUCUGUUAAUAGCCUGCUAGAAACUGAAAGAACCACCUGUUUUUGAAUAACGUUUAAUGUACACACCAGGAGAAACAAUUCUUAAGUAAAAGUCAGAACUGAUUGAAAAUGAAAUUUUUUUUUUUUUUUUUUUUUACAUGCAGUCUGUGUGAGUCACAGCCAGGGAAGGUGUGGCUGGGGCUGAAUUGACAGAAAUAAAAGUGAUUAAACUGCUUUAAAAAAAAGUGAUUACAAUUGUUUAGACUGUCCCUUUAAUUCUCUCAUUUUACAAUUGGAGAGUAAAUACAUUCUAACUUUUUUUUAAAUGUAUUUAUUUUUUUCUUCUUCUUUACCAUUACAAGCUAUCAUUCUGAAACCAAUAUUGUUCGAUAUAUGAAGAGACUGGAAAACAAAGAUAUCUCACUUGUGCACAGUAUGAUUCCUCUGGUUAGUAUGAUUUCUCUAGUAAAAUAUCCAGGACUCCAGGAAUGUUGCUCCAGGCCACCUGGAGAUGGGAAGAGCUUUUUAUUUUGAGAUUGCACGGCAUUGAAGAUAGCUGUAAUCCCAGGCCACCUUGCUGUAACACCUAAUAUUCAAUGUAGGGAUGCGCUUGUAUUGUAUUCACAAGUCACUCACAGAAAGGUAUAGCUUUUAUCGCUUUAAUAGAUCUUGCCAAAUCCUGAAUGAUGUCCACUUACCCCAAUGUAUUAGGCUAACGCUAUAACAAGAGGAUGAGACUGAGGUCCAAUAACCCCAGCAUCUAUACACCCUAUAUAUACUCCAUGAUUUUCAUGGUGGCUUUGGAAUUAUCAGUUGUAAAGGUUAUAGGCUUGACCUAUAUUGUAAAGUGUGCAAUGUGGGUGGACAAACUUGCAUAAAUCUAACAAUUCCUUGACUGUCCACAUAAGAUAAACCAUCUACAUGAUCAUACCACAAUUCUUCUCUAGAGGGUGAUGGCCACAUCUCUUCAGUCACCUAGGUGAUCCUAUCUAUGUCAAUGCUAAUAAAGUAUUUUGAGUUCCAGAGGAAGAAAAAUGAUGCAAAAAUUAAUUAUGAAUAUUUAAUUUUUUUUAACCAGGGAUCAUGCACCAUGAAAUUGAAUAGUUCAUCUGAACUUACAGUAAGUGAUUUGUUUGCAAUGUAAAAUAACCUUAUUCCUCCCACACUGGCACAUUUGUGUCAUGUACAGUAAUGAUGCCAGUCACUAAAAUCAAGAGGGAAUUUUGAAUGUCGGAUGGUAAAACAUUUCACCUGAGUGUCGUAAAAAGGCAUUGUGAUGUGCUAAUUGUAGAGUUUAUAUAACAUUUUAAAGGACUCAAUAGGCACCCAGACAAUGUCACUUUAGCCCUAUGAAAAAACUCUCUGCAGUUUGAGAGAAAUGGGCUAAUCUCUGGGCUAAUCUCUUCUCUUGUAGCUGUCUCUCAGACAGCCACUAGGUAGGACUUCCUGGACUUUAGUGGAGUAAAACUCUAUCUGACGUUGGACAUCCUCCCGCUUUGCCUGAGGACAUCAACAUCCUCUAUGUUAAUUGCAGGCAGCUCCAAUGUGGGCAUGCCUGAAUUUGUGCGGAAGCCCAUAGGAAAGCAUUGAUGCCGUGCUUUCCUAUGGGGAAAGCUUGAAUAUGUUUUCGGCGCUCACUGCGCUAGCACACUAGGUCCACAGGGCUCCUCUAUGAGUAGCAUUAAGCUGGACCACUGGUGGAGGUGGCCAUGUCUCCUCUGUGAUGUCGCUGUUGAAGGAGAGCUAAGCCGGACCAAGGGUGCCUCAGAGAUGGAAAGAUGUGGGUUUUUCUUUUUCUUUUUUUUUUUUUAAUAGCACCCAGGGUAGGGGAGACGACCGGAAUACAAACCUAGCGUCAAAAGUUUGAUUGGACUUGGCAUAUUGUUAUAUUUAGUUAAAAUCAAAUCUUAACCUAAGAUAAACUUUUAAAGGAAUACUCCAUGCACAAUUACCACCGUAGCAUGCAUAGGGGUUACAGUGUCAGGAGUUUUCUCCUCCAGUGUAAGUAGUCAAACCGUUACACAGCUGAUGGCUCUCUUCAUUGAGCUAAGCUUAGGAGUGCUGUCACUCAGGCUGGCUGAGAGCUGAUUAGGAAAUUAAGAUUCCCAGAUGGAUAUUUCUUCAUAAUGAAACAAAUAUUGUGUUAUGCUUGGGUCUGUGUUCACUAGUGGAUAACCAAAAGGCCAAACAAGCUGCUUAGAAAACCACAUUCUAGAGAUGGUAUUCCUGCAGAGUCUUCUAGUCUUUGUUUUUUUUUUGUUUUUUUUUAAAGCAGACUUCUUAUUUUCAGUCAACUGAGAAAAUGAACCCUGGCAAUAUUGGUGUAUAUGUAUAAAAAUUAAGUACCACUCUACACCGAUGGUGACAUGAUUUGUGCAGAUAUUCUUUGAAAUGGAAGUGGUAUAAUGCACAGACCACCUCCCUGUAGUCUUCGGGCACUUCCUGCCAUUUUAAUAUGAACUAGCUGUGCCUGUACUGGUAACCCACACUAAUCUUAGGCAGAACUGAGACACAUGUACAGUGCUUUGAUUACCAUAACAGCUAUUCUUUAACCACCACACUAACUUGCUCCACUAGAUCAAUAAAAAACAAAACAAAACAAAAAACUACUUUGCUAAACAAACACACCAUGCUAAAAAUCUACCCCCCUACACCACACUACCACUAUGCCUAAUAACCCCCUUCCCUAUACUACCUAACACUUUAACUAUUUAUUUUUAUAUAUCUUUUAGAUAUGUCACAUAAUAACAACUAGAUUACUUCACUGUAAUUAACUCUCUAGAGAAAGUCACAUCUGCAGAAUCAUUUGCGUGCAUGAUUAAUUUUGCUGUUUCCUUCAGGUUAAGAUUAUUUACAGUCUGGCGAAAAUGUAGCCGGUUUAAUCCAAGUCUGAUUAUGGUAUAGCGUUGUGCAUUUUACAACUUGGUUUGUAAAUAUUUUUGCUAAUUGUAACUCAUCCAUUAACCUUACUGUUUUUGUUUUUGUUUUUUUUUGUGUCUAUUCUAGCCUAUUACCUGGGCAGAGUUUGCACACAUUCAUCCUUUUGUGCCUUUGGAUCAAUCUCUGGGAUAUCAGCAACUGUUCAAAGAACUGGAGAAGGAUUUGUGUGAGAUAACUGGAUAUGACAAGAUAUCCUUUCAGCCAAACAGGUGACCUCCAAUGUGCUGCUCUUAACGUGCUUGGGAAAUGCAAGAACAAUAGAUUGUAGUCUUUUUGUUGCAGUUUCAUAUACGUGUGUGUGUGUGUGUAUGUAUAUAUAUAUAUAUAUUAGUGUGAUAUAUGUCUUGUUUCUGUGUAAAUAGACCAAGCUAGGAUUGGAGUGUUUUGCUGGUCAGUUCCUCUGUGUGCUGAUGUGCAAUGAAGCACUGGUUAAUAACAUAAAUACUGGUGAAAAUAAAACUUCAUUUAAAACAUCUACUAAUGUGACAACAUUGCCAUAUAUUUCUAUUUGUUUUUGUUUUAGUUUACAACAUAUGCAAUCUGGUAACAUUUCAGUCCACUCUCUAAAGGUUCCUUUCAAAAUACAAUAAUACUUUUUAAUAUGUAAGGAAAAAGUACCUGAUCUUUCCAAGUUCUCUCUUGGAAAUAACAACCAAAUGUCCUAAUAAAAUAGUAAAAUCUUCUCCAGAAGUAUGCUUCUAGUAAACUCAAUGUGCAGAUCUGGAGGUUUAACCACCCCAAAUCCAACCAUCGGUAAUCCAGGGCAGCUGACAGGUGGAUGAGGGGGCCGCAUAGUGAAAUAUAUUAACGUGUGAAUGGGCACUCUUGGACUCCUGGACUUUAAUAGAAGAGAAAAUCUUUCUCCAUUUAAAAUACUUGUCUUCUCUUAUAUGCCGGAUAACUGUGUGACUAAGUGAAAAAGCCAAUCCCAUUUGGCGUUGCCCAAAUCUCUUGGGAAUGUUAGUCCAAAAAAUCUAUACUUGACGAUAGAUGGUCAUAAAGCAGAAUAUUACGUAAUAUGAAAUCCAUAAAGUCAGAUAAUGUUUGACAAAUUAAAAAGUUUAGGAGAGAAUGGUGAGAAGUACUGGGGAUACGAUAUAUGCUGGUUCAUAUUCUAAUAUAUAUAUCUUUUUAUCCGUAUUAUUAACUAGUGGUGCUCAGGGUGAAUAUGCUGGUCUGGCUGCAAUCAAGGCUUAUCUGAAUGGAAGAGGGGAGCAUCAUAGAACUGUAAGUAUUCAAAAGCAGACCAAAUAUCUUAGAUGUUUGGGACUAAGCAGCAUAUCCAGAGUGGUUCUAGGCAAUAACUAUAAUCAGCAAGUUUAAAUAAACACAAUUCUUUCCUAUAGAGGAUUUGAAGACAAUGGACAACUUAAUGUCAAGUGUGAGGAUGUCCAGCAUUGUUUCACUCUGUGAUAUAGCAGGAAAUGCCUCUAGUGGCUGUCUGGAAGCCGCUAGAGGCAGGCUUAAUCCUGCAAUGUAAAAUUUCAGUUUCUUUAAAACUGCAACGUUUUCAGCUGCAUGGUUAAGGGGAGAGUAACACUACACCAUGACCACUUCAAUAAGAUGAAGUGGUUUGGGUGCCUAUAGUGUCUCUUUAAGGAAAUAUACAGUAUGGUGACUGUGGCUUGAGCAACUCUUGGUAUUUGUGGCUAGGGGCCAACCACACCCAUCCUUACAUUGUAUUGCUGCCACCAUUCUAUACCCUUCGGCAGUGGUGAGAUGAUCCAGAUAUAGAUGUCACAUGCAGGGUGACACAGAAGAAAAGUACUUAUUGGCCAUGCCUUGUCACUGUCGUGUCCUCAGGAUAACACUUUUGUUUAAAAAUAAGGCCUGACUCUGUAUUAGGCCAACAUUUUGGUGUUUUUAGAUUUCCUGUUAGGCAGUAUCAGAUUACACUAUAUUGGCGAUAUGAUUACUGAAUGUUUAUUUUAAAUUCACGCUCACAUUUGCUGAACAAAACAGCUGGUUAGGGUUUAAAUCGCUAAAGACAAAUGCGUUUGUAGUGCUUUUCAUACAUCAUGGUAACCAUGGAGAUUACCAGCGUACCGAGAGGCUUUUGAAUAACUGUCUUUAUGAAUAUAAAUCCUCUCUCAAACAUGAAACCAUGUUAGUGGUAGAUUUUAGCUCACUGAAGGGGAAUGCUGACGUUAGCUGGCAUGAUGGGUCCAGUUGGACUGUGUUCAGUAGACAAGUCCAGGGGAUGAUGAGUCUUUUUAUUCUUGCCAUUGCCAUCCAGCAAAAUAAAUAUAGCAAAUGUACAGCAUAUGAACAUUAUUGGUUAUGUUGUAUUUGGUAUACGGUUCACUGUUUUAAAUGCUUUUCACAAAUUAAUUUUGCAGGUUUGUCUAAUCCCCAAAUCUGCUCAUGGGACAAAUCCAGCAAGUGCUCAAAUGGCAGGAAUGAAAAUCCAGCCUGUGGAAGUGGAUAAAAAUGGAAACAUUGACCAAGUUCACUUGAAAGCUAUGGUAAAUAUUUGGUUUUUUUCCAUCUUAACCAGAAGCUUCUUAAAUGGUUACAAGCCUGGUAGAUGUUAAAAUGUGUAUAAUUUUCUAGAGUAUUGUGUAUUGUUACAUGUUUAAUGAAAUUUUAGAUUUUUCUUUAACACCCUUAGAGGCACAUUCUUUUUCAAUCCCUACACCCCUAAGUGGCUUCGGACUAAAUUAGAUUCAAUAAUUUGAUCUAUUUUUACAUGCUAACAACUGACAAUGGGUAUCUGUGCAUGUAGAAUCCCCCUCUGUGAACACUUAUACUCUCUAAGAGAAGCAUUUCAUUGGUCAAUAGUUAUCAAGCUUAAUUCACACAUGAUACUUGUUUUACUGUGGAAUAACAGGCAAGUUUUAAUUGCUAUAUGACUUUGUUUGUAUUUUUGUUUUGUAAAAAAAAAAUCUGACUUUUUUUAAAUGUUCUUUUAAUUUAGUCUAUGCCACCUUUGAUGCCUCUCCUCAUCUUUUAUACAUGUUUCAUGGUUUGGUUAACUAAAUGAACACUUUAGUCACCAAAACCACUACAGCUUAAUGUAGUGGUUCUGGUGUCUAUCACGUCCCUGCAGGGUUUUCAAUGUAAAUGCCACUGAACGCUCCCCAUAGAGGUGCGCUGAUUCAGGAGAUGCUGAUUGGUGCAGUGCAGCUUUUUGCCGAGAAUAUGCAAUAGCCUCCCAAUGCUUUCCUAUAGGAAACAUUGGAAGGGCAGAGAUCAUUAAGAUUGAUCUCAUCGAGGGGUAAGUAAAAUCACAUUUUAACACCUUUAAAUUAUAUUUUGCAACUGAGCAAUUUGCUGAAACAAAUAAUCUAUUUUGUCCAUAAAGUAAUAAUCCUCUUUUAGAGUUAUCUUUAAUGGGUUAAUAAUGUUUAUUUUUGUUGCUGCCAUUAUUCUAACUUUUAAUCUGGACAAUAAUACAUUUUUCCCUAUAAAUGUAAAUUCUUUCUGAAGCAUAGCGAGCCAUUUACCUGUUUUGUAUCGGUCUUGUGUGUGUCUUAUCUGCCCAGACUGUUGCUAGGAUACCUGAUUUGGUUAGAACAUUAGAGGAACUGAAUACUGCUUCAAGGGAUGAGGCCCAGCUAAUGAGACACAUAUUGUAUAUGUACAAGGCCAUUAAAUCACCACCUGUGACUUGAAUUUAAAUAACUUAUCAGGAGAAAGUAGUUUGCCUGAAUCUGUGAUAUGCAAACCUUUUUUGGAACAUAGUGAUGGUAGUGACAGCGUCUCCCCUCCUCCCCCUUUCCCUAAAUAAUAGUGCAGGGUUACUCACUGCAAUCCUAACAGACUAUGCUUUAGCUCUGCUACUUUGGCCCUAUAUUAUAAAUUAUAUUGUAAAGUGCUGCAGAAUAUGUAUAAAUACCAAAAACAAUGCAUUUAAAAAAUUAAUUUUGAAUUCCUAACAUUUGUCAUUUUAGCUAUUAAGAUUCUUUCAGUCUGAGCAAGGUGAAUGAUGUGUUUUUAUUUUUGUCAUGACAUGAGGUGGGUUCUUUUAUUUUUAAUUGUGCCAGAGUUUCUUCUAUACACAGCCAAUUGCUAAAUAUAACCUUAUAAGCAGGAACAUUGCAUUUGUUUUCAUGGUGAUUGCUCCAUGUUUUAAAUUUGCAGUUCACAAAUGCAGAAUACUGCAAAUUUCUGAUGUAGCCGAAUUAUUGAAUUCCAUCCUGAAGGUAAUGCCAUUUUCAUGUUAAAGGCUCACAAUAGGGUCAGGAAAGCAAACAUGUAUUCCUGACCCUAUAGUGUUAAAACCACCAUCUAGCACCCCUGGCCCCUCAUGCCUCCAUAAAUAUAGCGAAAUCUUACUGUAUUCAAGCCUGAAGCUGUAACUCUGCAUGCUGUUUGCCUAAGAAAAACAAGCAGUAUGCUGACAUCAUCAGAAGUGGUAGCCUGAUCCAAUCACAAUGCUUCUCCAUAGGAUUGGCUGAGACUGACAAGGAGGCAGAUCAGGGGCAGAGUCAGCAUGAUUCAAACACAGCCCUGGCCAAUCAGCAUCUCCUCAUAGAGAUGAAUUGAAUCAAUGAAUAUCUAUGAAGAAAGUUCAGUGUCUGCAUGCAGAGGGUGGAGACACUGAAUGUUUGGAUGCAUUUUAGGCAGCCAUGACCCAGGAAGGAUCUCUAACAGCCAUCUGAGGAUUGGCCAGUGAAGUUAUCACUAGGCUGUAAUGUAAACACUGCAUUUUCUCUGAAAAGACCGUGUUUACAGCAAAAGCCUGAAGGUAAUGAUUCUACUCACCAGAACAAAUACAAUAAGCUGUUCUCGUGACUAUAGUGUCCCUUUAAAUAUAUUUCUAUUUGCUGUUACAGUAAUUUUUUUUUUUUUUAACAUGGGUGCAUUAUACUGAAAAGCCAAUAAAUCAAAGUGUAAUGGUCUUUAACCUUGUUCAGAAUGGAGUUUUGAGGUAUGACAUAAUGAGACACAAAGAAUAAAGACCCUAGAGGCUGAGUUAAUUUCUAGAAUUAUUACUAAUGUAUAACUAAAUGUUUGAUGCCUUCUGUUUUGUUAUAGGUUGAUAAGCAUAAGGACAAUUUGGCAGCCAUAAUGAUAACCUACCCUUCUACCAAUGGUGUGUUUGAGGAGGGUAUAGGAGAUGUUUGUGAUCUUAUUCAUAAAAAUGGGGGCCAGGUGUAUCUGGAUGGAGCAAAUAUGAAUGCACAGGUAAGAUCAAUUGGAUUUGCCAUGUUCUAGCAUGGCUUGUUCUAGCAUUAAAAUAUUGGGGUAUGUAUGUAUGUCUCCAAGAGGUCACUGGCAUUGCUCCUCUUCCCAAGUUGUGUUUCAAAGAUGUUGAAUACAGCAAACACAUACUCCAAGCAAUCCAUUUAUAAAGUGGAAUUGAGGCAAAAAUGUGGUUUUGUUGAGCUCAUUUGCAUAUGCCUACCCAGAAUCCCUACCGAGAAUUCCUUACUUCAGGUGGAAGGGGUUUUCAUCCACACUUUUUUUUUUAAAUUUUUUUUUUUUUUCACAACAACUCUUUUGAUAUAUAUAUAAUAUUUUUUUAAUUUAAAAAAAAAAAAGUGAAUUCUUUACUUUUAAGACUCUUGCAUUCCAACAUAUCCAAUGUGGAGAGAGAGAGAGAGACAUUAAGAGAUUAGGCCAAUGAUGACAUCAUUUGUAUCCUUUCCAUUGAUAAAGGUGGGGGGGAGGUAGUGGUUUUGUAUUAUGGAUAUUACAGACAAGAGCUUAUUACACAACUAAGUGACCAUAAGACAUACUACCAUAAGGAUGUGGAUCCCGGAUCCAAGUCGAGUAAAAUCCUAGAACAUAUACUGAGGGAAGGUCUAGAAGCAGGCUUUAUCAAUCAGCCACUUUCUGAUAUUUUUGUGGGGGUUUUUUUGUUACAAAAAUUUCCAAAAUGUCACAAGAUCUACAUGCUGCCAAAGAUGCAGGUGGAGAGACCUAUAGUGUUUGCAAUAUCUUCAUAUAGUGUUUGCAAUCUCUUCAAGUAUCAAUGGCCUAGUGGCUUGACUGUAUCUUCAAGUGCAGGCUUUACAGACCUGUUAGGGACACCUCAGAUUAAAAGAAUUUAGAAUACCGAGGCAGGCAUUUUUCUGGUCACUGCUGACGUAACUAGCCUAUGUACUGUUAUCCCCCUUGAGCAGGGCUUUCCGGCGAUCAGGAAAAUUCUCAUUAACACCAUUGAGAGAGGUCAAAUUUCCCAUUAAAUUUAUGCUGAAAUUGUUGUACUUGGCUCUAACUAGAAACUAUUUUCGAUUCCUGGAAUCAUUCUACAUCCAACUCACUGGUACAUCUACAGGGGCAGCGAUGGCCACCAUACGUGCCAACUCUUUGAUGUACAAGUUUGAAUAGGAACAUAUAUUGUCUUUGUUUGGGUCUCAUAUCCAAUGCUACAUGCACUUUUUUUGAUGACCUGUUGUUCAUUUGGAUAAGCACGUGAGCAGAAUUUUAUGAUUUUUUUUUUCUAUAAUCAAUUCUGUUCCAUCUACAGUUAAACUCGCAUACAAGUCAAACUGCAUCCAGACUGACUUUCUGGACCUCUGGGGAAAAAAGUCAAAGGGGAUAGUUUGUUAUUUAGCCUCUUUUCCAAACCAAUUGAUAGAAACACGUUAUUGCAAAUACAAUUUCUCAUUCCCCUUAAUUUUCUUAAAUCUCUACCUGUAUCAUAAUACCUAAGGGUGUUAAGGAAUAAUUCUGACCCAGAAAUUAGGAAAGUUUAAUUUAUAUGUCCGAAAAAUGUUGGGCCAGGGGUUACAGCUCUAUGCUGCUAUUUGAAGCACUGCAGGAAGCCCAGAGGCAGUUCUCCAAUAAGGAGGAACAGGUCUGAUUUACUGUACUGUACUUUCCCGUAAUUACAAAUUGUUGAAAAUAUUUGCAAGAAUUGGCAAAUUGUUCAAAAGGACACUCUCUUAUCAGAAAUUCUUAAACAUCCUCCCUGUAUCCGUUAUAAAAUUGAAGGGACAUUCUUGUACACACAGGUCAACGUAAUCAUAAAUCUACUUUUUAGAAUGUUAGAUUUGCGAGAUGCACUGGCUGUCACUUGCAGCCUUAUUAUACUCAGGAAAAAUGUUUGCCACCCACACAGAGGUCAACUGUAUAAAUUAAAAUAUUGGAUCACAUGUACAACCACCUUCGUUGUAUAUAAAUUGGUGUCCAUGUGAUUUUGUCCUGUGUGGGUAAGACAACUGGUAUGCGUAUGGAGUCCUCUAUAUGGAUGGCAGGAAGGGAUGGUAAUAUGACCCCUUCAGUAGCUAUUUGGAUAAUAGAUCAUGAAACCCCUUUAAUAGUCUGAUUAACAUGAAUGCUUUAACAUCACUAACAUGUACCUUACCCUAUCAAGGCUCAUAAUAUAUUUAUAGCCAAGUACUAAUGAUAGAAUGCAUACAUAAUGUGAAAACAAACAAAAUAUAUCCGGGUACUAUUGGCUCUAUACUGAAAAUGUUACGAGAUACUUUUUGGUUAUAUUUAGUGUUGUAUAUGUUGUUUAUCUUUCUUGCCACCUUGUGGUGAUUAACUUUACUUACUCGUGGUCUCGUCGGCAACUGUUCUGUAUAUAUUUAUCUGUAGCUCUAGCCUGUUACCAGUUUUCAUCCUGGUUUAAUUUUUUUCCCCUCAGGGCUUUGAGUGUGGGGAAGGUUGGGAUGUUAUGGAUUCUUAUGUAUUAACAUCAACACUUUUAUUUCUUCUCAUUUCUUUUUUUAUCGUAGGAAUUGCAGCAUUACUUUACUAACCUUGUGUGUUGCAAUCUGCUGUUUUUUUGUUUGUUUUUGUUUUUCUCUGCCUUUUUAUCUAUGUACUCUUUCACUUUUUGUCUUUCACGUGUUUUGGGCUUUGUCUCAUUUAUAGAAGAUUAGUAAUGCAAAGGAUAACUGAUAACCAAAGCCUCACUCUCACGGUUAUCCUCGUUCUAAGGGGCGGGGGUAAUUAGGUUUUCACUUUUGAAAUCACUGGUUUCCUGAUGAAACGUUGACGUCUAUGUGAUAUUCUCCUUGGUAUGAUAUAAAACAGUUAACAUUUUUAUUUUAUUUUUACCAUGUAUUCCAUUUUGCAGUGUAACUUAAUGUGUGUAACUUUAUUUGAGAUGUAUAUGUUGGUGUCAAAUUUUGAAAAGGGUGAGCUUUCUUACUGCUGUUAAUCCAAAACACAAGAAUCACCCAAUCUGAAGUGUUUUCUAAUUUGGCCACAAUAUUGGGAAACCUCUCUUUUGGCACCAAAAUAGCAACCAAAUUUCUCAAUGUAUCAGAAAGCUGUUACCUCACAUAUGAAAGAUAUAUCCUUGAAUGGUCUGUUUGUUUGUUUUUAUUUUGUUUUAGUUUUUUGUUUUUUACAAAAAUUCUGUCGAAUAUAAUAAAAUACAAGCUGUUUAGGUAGACCUUUCCAUACUUUGCAGGCUAACUUUGUUAAUAUUGACACAGGUUGGCUUAUGUCGCCCUGGUGAUUAUGGCUCUGAUGUAUCUCACUUAAACCUUCACAAGACAUUUUGUAUUCCCCAUGGAGGUGGAGGUCCUGGUAUGGGGCCAAUAGGAGUGUAAGUAAAAACAUAAUUUUUAAAAUAUUUUUUUUGUGGCCUUCAUGUUUGGAGAGUUUGGCCCUCCAGCUUUAAGUACACAUUUUCCACCAACUUUGUGUUAAUAAAGCAAAUCGGAGAUGUGGUCAAUUAGUUUCUCUACUCUAGAUCACGGUUUCAGCUAAAACAUGAAGCAUUCACUAAAUAAGUUUGAUUUUUUUUUUUUUUUUUUGUAUCCUGUGCUUACAGUUUUACUUGAUUUACUUUCUAGGAAAAGGCACCUUGCCCCAUAUCUGCCAAGCCAUCCUGUAAUUGCCUUGCCUCAAGAUAUUGAUGCACGGUCAUUGGGUACAAUAAGUGCUGCGCCAUGGGGAUCCAGUGCUAUCCUUCCAAUAUCGUGGGCAUACAUUAAGGUGUGGUGUACUAAAUGUAGCAAAAACCAAUAUGCUGACUUGUUGAUUUAUUUGAAUUCAAACCUCUUCACUUCAAUAUAAUUUUUCCUUAUCUAGAUGAUGGGUGCAAAGGGACUCAAACAUGCUACAGAGGUUGCCAUAUUGAAUGCCAAUUAUAUGGCCAAGAGACUGGAAAACCACUACAAAAUUUUAUUUAAAGGCUCUAAAGGCAAGUCUUGCAUCUAUAGCAAACCAUUGUGCUCCCUAGCUUGUUUUUAGUAUAUACAGGGGCUCAGUAACAGUUUAAAAGGGCAUGCAGUAGAAUUAAAAAAAAAUAAAAAAAUCAUGACAACCUUUUUACUGUCUUUCUUCUUCCUAUAUUUGGCCUAGUGUGGAUUUGUAUUACCUACACAUUUUAUUUUAUUCAUUUUUACAUUUUUGAUUUAUUUGUAAUUCCUAAAAUUGUCAUGUCUAAAUGGGGGGGGGAAAAAACAACUUAUUUUAUAUCUCCAUUGUUUCAGGAUUUGUGGCUCAUGAAUUCAUUAUUGACACAAGACCUUUUAAGAAAUCUGCAAACAUUGAGGCUGUAGAUAUUGCCAAGAGGUUACAAGACUAUGGUAUGUUAGACUGUUUCCUUGAUAAUACAGAUAUGGACAACAAAAUAUGGGAAUUAUCUGUUCCCCAAUAAAAGAUAUGGUCUUCACAAAACUUAUGACUGUUAAUUGAAUCUUAAAUAGUCAGUUUGACUACUGAAUGAUUACCUGCCAUUUAGUUUAGGAGUUACCUUGCAGGAUUGAUUUUUUUUUUUGUAGAGUAGCUAGGGGAGAACACUUGUGGUUAAAAAAAAAUCAAGAAAUCCUUCAGCACCUUUGUCAAUGUGUCCCAGCUCUGCCAAUCCCUAUUAUGCGUUUCAUUAUUUCAAGUGAUAAUUACAGCAUAAAAGUAAAUGUUCUGACUUCUAAAGUGUUUGUUGGAAUGGAAGUUAAGACCACCCUCCCUCCAUGCUGGGCUUUACUUCAAAAUUUCUGGUAGGAAUGUCAAAGCUGUUGUUUCAGUUUUCAAUUGAAGGUAUACUUUUAAAAUAUCGCUACAUUUCAAAUCCAAUACAUAAUUCAAUUAAAAUGGAUAAUUCACAUCACCAUAUGUAAUCACAGAUUUGUUAUGGUUUUAUCCCCCUUGUAGGCUUCCAUGCACCCACUAUGUCAUGGCCGGUGUCAGGAACACUGAUGAUUGAACCGACAGAGUCUGAGGAUAAGGCAGAACUAGACCGCUUCUGUGAUGCCAUGAUCAACAUAAGGCAAGAAAUUGCUGAAGUUGAGGGCGGUAGAAUGGACUCCAGAAUUAAUCCACUAAAGGUAACAAACAAGUGAUUUAAUAUGGUGGGAGAAUUGAGAGGAUUGCUGUUACAUGAAGUCUUGUCUUUCAAAAUAAACUAGCCCUAGUUGCCAGUCUCAUACGUUUCUCUUAAAUAUUAGAUGGAUGUGAUCAGGUAUGAGCCAAGAUUAGCAUGCACUGCAGCUCUUCCCAGAGACCUUCCUGAGUUGUACGAUUUGCCAAUUUUUAAAUCUCCAAUUUUGAAAAAAAUAAAUUUUCUAUAUAUGAUAUUGGUGUCAUUAAUAACUUUCUUAAUAGUUAGGACUACAGCUGGAUAAUAAAGGAGUCAAUAUUCUAAAAGCUAAAGGUAGUGUGAAAAUUUUUAUAUAUUUUUUUUAAAUGGUACAUUCAAGAUUUGGAAGUUUGAACUCAAACUCAGUGGGGAAAAAAGAGUGUCACAUAAACAAAUUAAGAGAUUUAUAAAAGUGUUCUGAAAAGUCUUUUGAGCCUUUCAGCAAUCUGUUCCAAUAAAAAAAACAAAAAAAAAAACUGUAAAAGGUAGAAAGUUUUUUUUUUUUUCUUUCACCGCUACAAAUAUUUCCACUAAGGAUGUGACUAUUCUGCCGGAAUUUCUACACAAAAGUUGUGUAGGAGAACAUAACCAAGUAGAAUGCUGUUCUGGUUCAAAAAGUGUACCUGUAUAAUAAAUAGAAUGUCUUAUCAGAAUUGAUAUUUCACACUAGGAAUACUUCACUUAACCUGCAGAUUAUUCUGACUAUGUUAUAGAAUCAGGGAAGAUUUACCAUAGCUCCUCCUGAAUGCAAAACCAAAAUUCUAUUUGAAUCUUAUAGCUCAAGUUUACUAAUGCUUAUCUUAUAAGGUAUAGUCUGGAUCAUCAUGCUUACCACUUAAUGGGUUUACAAUAGGCAUGUGCAUGGGGAAAAUUUUCAGUUUGGUUCAGAAUUUCGAAAUUUCGGGACUUUGGCACUUCUCUUGCAGCCGCUUAGUAUAUAACUCUCUAAUUCCCACGGUAUUAGGGAGUUAUCUACCAAAAGGCUGAAAGACCUAAAUUGGUUGUUCAGCCAAAUUUACUAAUACUAAGUAAAAAUUACUUAGUAUUAGCAAAUUUUGCACCUACUCGCGGUAUGUCUAUUAAACAGUGAGUAGUCUGUGACUGCUCACUGUUUAAAAAAAAAAAAAGGCGAUGCGCGAGUGGGGGCUUUUAAACUAAAGGGGACCUAUUGCCCUGGCCCCCACCCCUGAGCGGCGGGUGGGGGCCUUAAAGUAAAAUAAUGGGGGGACACCUAUUGUCCUUCCCCACCCCUGAGCGGCGGUUGGGGGCCCUAAAUUAUAAUAGUGGGGGGGACCUAAUGUCCUCACCCCUGGCCCCCACCCCUGAGCGGUGGGUGGGUGCCCUAAAUUAUAAUAAGGGGGAGGGACCUAAUGUCCUCCCCUUAACCCUCACCCCUGAGCGGUGGGGGCCCUAAAUUAGAAUAGGGGGGACCUAAUGUCCUCCCCCCUGAGCGGUGGGUGGGGGCCCUAAAUACUAAUAAGGGGGGACCUUAUGUCCUCCCCCCUGGCCCCCCUGUGGGGGCCCUAAAUACUAAUAAGUACCUGUAAAAAAAAAAAAACUUAGCAUUUGAUGUUUUUGUUCUUCUAAAAUCUUUUUUUCAGCCCCCAAAAAGGCCAAAUAAAAAAUCCAUAAAAAAAAAAAAAUCCUUCACCCAUGGAGGGCUCUGCGCAGACUGAGCUCUGCAGGGCGGGGCUAGGCCCUGCAAUUAGGCUCAGAGCACUCUGAUUGGUUGGUUUAAGCCAUCCCAUCAGAGUGCUCUGACUGGUAAAUGAAGAGACUGACAGGUAAGUCUCUACAUAUACCUGUCACAGCACUCUGGAUUUCAAGCCAACCAAUCAAUCCGAGUGCUCUGUGUCAUUUUACACAGCGUGGGAAAGUUCUUUGGAAUUUUACCACGCUGUGUAACUUGACUCAUAACUCUCUGGUUACUUUCAAUCCACCAAUUUUGUAUACAGUGUAACCUUCUUCCACUGGGUAAGUAUAUUAGUUCUUAGGCAAUACUGUACUUCAGAACUUCGACAUUUCGGCAAUUCAUCUAUUCGGAAGUACCCGAACGUCCGAAUUCACAUUCGGACUAAAACGAAUUGCACAUGUCUAGUUUACAAGCUUCACCAUGUUCUUUAGUAAAACUUGCCAAACAGAACCUAAUAUAUUAUAUUGUUUACUAGUUGCUUACCAACUUUAAUCUGUUGCUGGUCAUGCACAUUUGUAUUUUGUUUCCACUACUUCAAUGAUCAUAGAACAGGGAAACUUAUUAAUUUCAAUGUAAAUAUUAUUAUUUUUUUUCAGAUGUCUCCACACACCUUGAAUUGCAUUGCAUCGUCUAACUGGGAUCGUCCUUAUUCAAGAGAAAUGGCAGCCUUUCCCAUGGUAUGUUUUAAUAACAGACAUGUUGGUUUCAUGGGUUUUGCUCUUGUACACCGUUUGGAUAUUAAUAGUAUGCAAUAUAUCUUUCUUCCAGCCGUUCGUCAAACCUGAGAACAAAUUCUGGCCAACGAUAGCUCGAAUAGAUGAUAUUUACGGAGACCAGCACUUGGUAUGCACCUGUCCCCCAAUGGAUGUCUAUGAAUCGCCAUAUACGGAACAAAAGAGAGCUUCCUCUUAGUGCUCAGAUUCCUUGUUUGCUUUCUACAUUACUGCUGCAAUCUAGUCGUCAACAACACAACUUUCUCUUUCAGAAGGCAAUUUUUAUUGUGUGUAUUUAUUACCUUUUUUAUUUUUUCUCUCCUCAAUUUGGCUGUAUACUGUUAAUUUUGAAUCGCUGCUAAGCAAUUUUGUGCGUACAAUCAUUUCAUGGGAUGGAAGCCGAUGAACUGAUCGGUUUUUGUAGUGCCUCUGGAUUAUUUGGUACACCUUCCAUUCAUUGAGUGUGCUUUUUUAUGUUGUAGUUUUGACAUGUAUAAACUUUUUAUGUUUUACACUAAGAUUUAAACUAGUUACUUAACAGGAUAAACAAGCUAUUCUAAAAACAAUACUUAACACAGCUGGGAUGAUUCAAAAAUCUGAAAAGUUUGGAUGUAUGUGGUUUGUUUAUUUGAAAUUUUUCCCUGUGUAUAUACGUUUUGAACAAAUACUCUCAUUAUGAAUAAAUGGUAGGUAUUAUACUAUGAUACAUGUUUACAUAGUGCAUUAUACCAGAGGAACCCUGAUGUGUUACUAAUUUUCCUCUGUUAUGGAUGCACAUUGCCAUCGUUUUAAAUUACUUUGUAUUUUUAACUGUUCAUUUUAGCAUUCCAAUAAAAGACCAUUUCUGUUUUAA